UUCUCCUUUCUGCUCUCCAUAACUGGCAGUGAUGCCAGGUUAAGUGGCACUGCCCCACCUAGGCCAGUGUCAGGCUGCCAGAAUAGCCUUGCCAACUGGGCAGUAAAUCAGGAACAGGCACACGACUUGAAGGCAAAGAACUUUAUUGCUUCACAAUAAAUAUAUAUUUAUAUAUUUGUCUGACAACCUCACUUACGAGGUGUUUGUGCACGCACAGCUUGAGCUGUUGACUCUUUCUAGCUUCUCGACAAUGUAUUGCUGCAUCUACUUAGUAGUGCUGGUGAUUAUGCCACUUUCCCCAGCUCUUUUUAAAUUGAAGCCAUUUUCAAAAGAAAAAUGAGACAUUUAUUUUGCCCUUAAGGUGCUGUGGCAUGCAAGCCAAUGCAGCUUCGAGGUCUCCAGAGAGAGGCGCAACCUAGAUGAAGGUUAUAUUAUAAUUGAACCGAAGAAAGGGUUAGAGUUGGGUGCAAAGUGAGAAAGGAAUUGCGAGGAAUUUUAAUAAGAGAUAAGGAAAGAUGUGACAAACAGGGAUCAAUUGCUAUUGGCUUGCCUUGAUGGGCUUUGUUUACCCUGAUUCUACAGAUGCUUGAAACGCCUGCUCCACAGCCUGGGGAAAUCAGCACCAAAAUGCAUGGGAAAUAUUCUCCAAAAAUGCCUUUCGCAAGAAAUAGAAGCCAGUGCUCUUCCUUGUCUACACGAUAACAGGCUGGGUCUGAGCUAUGUGAUGGUAUCUGGCUUUGCUCAGCCCGUUUUAAGAAGUCUGCAAACAAAUGUGAACACUUGAAGAUACCUGGUUUGGAAUCUCUCUAUGCAGACUUGCAGAGGCUGUCCAGGGUCUCAGAAAGGUGUCCCCCUGCCCCAUCCUUUUACCUGAGCUCAUGCUAAGGGGUGAUGGCGAAAAUUUGAAUCUGUUUUCAAAACGUGUGCCCUACCAUUGAGGUGGAAGAGCAGUGACUGAAACUCAAGGAGGCUGAAUACCAUAAGAGGCGCAAGCAACCAAGUCACUUUCCUCUUAUUGCAGACCAUACUUCAUGGGUUGUUGCUGUUGUGUGUUUUGCUUUGGCUUUGGAAGGGGGAUGUGAGAGAAGGCUUGUCGCCUUAAUACAAACAAACUAAAGUUCUUCAUUUCUGCAUCGCUGGGCAUUCACCCAAUACUGCCAGUCCCUCCUUCCUUGUUUGUCAACCACCACCACCACCACCCAAUUUUGGUCAGCUCGAAACCGCCUGAGUUCACUGUUGAAAGGAAAAAUUAUGAUGUCAGAUUGUGGAAGGAAGGAAGAGGGAUGGAAUAUCAGCAGUUGUACAUGGACCAACUGGGACAGAAAGAAAGUAUUGUGUAUAGUGGUACCUCAGGUUACAGACACCUCAGGUUACAGACACUAUGGGUUAAAGAUUCUGCUAACCCAGAAGUAGUACCUUGGGUUAAGAACUUUACCUCAGGAUGAGAACAGAAAUCACACGGCGGCGACAGCGGGAGGCCCCAUUAGCUAAAGCAGUACCUCAAGUUAAGAACAGUUUCAGGUUAAGAACAGACCUCCGGAACGAAUUAAGUUCUUAACCCGAGGUACCAUUGUACAGAAUCAGGUCCUGUUCACACCAUAUGAUUGAAGCACUAUGAUACUCCUUUAAAUAGCCACAGCGUCUCCACCAUGGGCUUAAUCGGGGGGGGGGAGCUGCCCCCCAUCAAUUAAAUAAAUAAAAACACUUAACUAACUGACCAAUUUCAUCACAGAAAGCUCAGUUCUGCCCCCCCCCCCAACAAAAGUCCUCCAACAUAAAUCCUGGCUACGCCCAUGGUCUCCACCCCCCCCCCAAAAAAAGAAUUCUGUGAAAUAUAGUUUAUUAAGGGGGCUAAGAGUUGUUAGGGGACCCCUAUUCCCUCCUACAUAAAUACAAUUUCCAAAGUGGUUAAUCAUCAGUCCCUCUUCCCAAGGAAUCCAAGGAAUUGUAGAUCUCUGAGCGGGAUAGGGGUCUCCUGACAACUCUCAGGACAUUUAACAAACUAACAAGCAGCUAGAAAUGUUUGUAGAAGGAAGGAAGGAAGGAAAGCCCUCAGAGCAUCUCAUACAAAUUAAGAUGGAAUCACGCUCCCGAAAGGUUCGUAGACACACAACCUAAUCCACACACCUGUAUUCUUAUCUGAGCAGGAUCCGUCAGAUAGAGUUCUGACGUCAGAUAGAGUUCACUGCCAUUGCAAGUUGAACAAAAAAUCUCCCCCAUCCCUAGAUGUCCACAGACACACACACACACACACACACACACACACACACACAAACAAAUAUAUACCUGCAGAGGCUGUGCAGCGCAGCACAGCAACCAUCAAGCUGGUAUGAAAGAAAAUGACAACAGAUGUAGGGAAAAUAAGAUGAUUAAACCCAGCAGCAGUGCCGUUAAGUGUGAGCCCCUACGUACCCAGGGCAAUGGGUAGCUAAGCGGGGGGGGGGGAGGUCUGCUUGUUUGUUAUGCAAGUGCUCACCUGUUCCUUCUAGCAUAUAUUCCUAGAAUAAGUUUCCAUUUAUAUUUCGGCCAUCAAGGCAGGCUUCCUGCUAGUAGGUUUGCAAAUCCGGCUAUUGAUAUUUAUGGAAGUGCAUUUAUAAUCCCAAGCACACGCUGCCUUGGAAGUCUGAGGCACUGAAUUCAAAGGGGCUACCAGGUAAAUGUAGGUCCCUUUAGACCAAGGAGCAUUUUUAUUUUAUUUUUGUUUUGUUGCCUGCAAAGAGCAGAGGACCGCUGGCAGCUGCCUGGUUCUUAUUCCUACCCUUGGCUCUUCACCACAGCCUCACUCUGUUGUGCCACACUUCGUAUGCAAGGCAGGGUAGCAGUAAGUACCUUCUCCACGUUAGUGCAUUAUAGCUUGACAUACGUCCAGUAACCAGCAUUUUCAUCUAUCGUGAUCCUUAAUAAUAAUAAUAAUAAUAAUAAAUAUACCAAUUAUUCAGGGUUUCUUUACGUUACGAGGUUUUUGGGGUCCUGUUAUUAAGCGCUGUGUAAUAAUAAAACGGCUCUGUGCUGUGCCCAGAUAAUUCCUUGCAUGGUCUGUGUGAUUUCUAAUUGUUUGAAUAACAGCAUGCGAUUGAAAUGCCAUGCAUAAGUACAGCUGGCCCCUCGGGGAAUAAGGCAUUUCUCCUCUCGCUCUUCGCGAAGGCAAACAUUUGAACAGGGGAAACAGGUAAAAACAUCCCAGCAAAAAUCAGACACACUUAAUGCAGGGAGCAGGGACGUAGGGCAAAGUUAACAAAAUAUACAAUUUAGAAAGCUAGAUUAGAUCUCUUGAAAAGGGAGCCUUUGAAGGGGUUGGUUUUUUUCCCCUGUACCCUGUAUUGACACCGGUCCUGAGAGACCUGCAUUGGCUCCCAGUACAUUUCUAAGCACAAUUCAAAGUGUGGAGUUUCUCCAUCCCCAUCGUUCAGCCACUGAGGCCCAGCGUCGAGGGCCUUCUGGCAGUUCCCUCCCUGCGAGAAGUGAGGUUACAGGGAACUAGGCAGAGGGCCUUCUCGGUAGUGGUGCCCACUCUGUGGAACGCCUUCCCAUCAGUUUUCAAGGCAAUAAGCAACUAUUGUGUUUUUAAUAGUGGGUUGGGAGCUGCCCAGAGUGGCUGGGGAAACUCAGCCAGAUGGGCGGGGUAUAAAUAAUAUGUUGUUGUUGUUAAAGUCCCAUGACACUCAAUGGGAUGCACUUCUGAGUGGACCAUCUUUUACCAAAGAGACCAAUGAAUUGCCCACUUAUGGCUUUUCUGUACCAGCAUGUGUGGCAGGGCUAGACAAUGUGGUACCUUUGAGAUGUUGUUUCCACCAUCCCCAGCCGGCAUGUCCAGUGUUGAGAGUUGGAAUCCAACACCACCUGGACUCAAACAAUAUCUGGAGGUGCACCAUUUUGGGUACCCUGAUGAAUAUUUUUUCGCCUUAGUGGCGCUUAUAAUCUCUCUUACUCGUUCACAUACACAGAGAAGGAGAGAGACCAAAUUUGGAGUUACAUUCGUUAUUGAUAUUAGUUAGGUACCAUCAGAACAAACCCAGCAGGUGCAGGACAGUUUCCAUUUAUCAUGAUACCUAUAAAUCUGGAGGACCAGAGUUGAUCGCAACCCCUGCUGUAGGUGCUGUUGCUUGAAUUUGGGACCUGUUUUGAAAAGAUAUUUAUUAGGAGUUUACAAGUUACAGAAAAAGAAAAAGAACAAUAAAGAAUUAAACAAAACAAAACAAUACCUUACAAUACAUCAAAAAAAGAAGAAGAAAACAAUACAAUAAAAUAACGAAAAAACAGAACAAAAACAUUUUAAAACACUUCCAACUUUUCCAUGUCUUUACCUUUCAUAUACUUGUUUCAUCGACCUCCUCACACCUCCCUUUUUUGUAUUCUAGUUCAAUUAGCUAUUUCAGCAAGUCCUUUCCAUCUUUCUCAAUUUUUGUUCUAAAAUUUAACUUAAGACACUCUAACCUUAAAUUUUCCACUUUGGUCCAUUAACAAUCUAUUUUUACUUAAUUCUUUAUAACAUUUCUGCUAGAGCCAUAUAGCUUCAUUCCAGCAUCCUUCUAACAUUCAUUAAUUUUGCAAUAUUUCUGUAAAUAUACUUUAAAUUUUUUCCAAUCUUCUUCCACCGACACUCUUCUCCCUGGUCUCAGAUUCUGCCAAUCAUUUCCGCCAGUUCCAUGUAGUCCAUCAGCUUCACCUGCCAUUCUUCCCUGGUGGGUAGAUCUUGUGUCUUCCAGUGCUUUGCGAUAAGUAUUCUUGCUGCUGUUGUGGCAUACAUGAAAAAAAUUCUAGAAAAAAAGGAUAGAAUUUGGGACCUGUUUUGAUGCCACUUCUAAGCUUUUAGAUAUCUUAGCUUUAUUGUAAGCUGCUUUAAGCUUUGGAGAGGUGAUGCAAAAGUGUUUUGGGUGCUCUGGUGAUGUUUCCACAUGAUUAGAAAGACGUAGGAGUGUACAAGUUAUCCCUGGGAGAUAAGGAAAAUCAAUGGGUGGACAAGUCCCUAUAAUACUCCACUUGCUGUGUCACUCACUAAUUUGUUUUCGCCUCACCAGAGCUAUAGGAUAACAGCCUUGCUUGUCGUAUACAUAGAAACCAUCCAGUCGUUUCUGAUUAAGCCUCGAUUAUUGUAUUGCUGAAUCAAAGGACCAAGCAUUAGUUCAAGAGGACUGUUCAAUUCAAAAUUGUAAAGAAGAGUUCCAUUUUAUCAUCUUAGGCAGGGCUGGUGAUUAUUCUGUGCUCCUACGCAAUUAUCUGUGAAAUAUAAAUAGGGCAAUCUCCCAUUCUUUAUUGCCAAACAUCCUCCUUUUUAUAUAUAUAUAAAAAAAAGCAUUUCAUUUUUCUUUUUUAAGCACCCUUCAUCAACAAUGCCUUGCAGGGGCAAUCUUCUACAGCCAUUCAUGCUUUAUAAUGUGUCCGUCUCUCAUUCUUCCUAUUUUUUACACAGGCAAAAAACACUCUCAAUAAAUAAUAAGGUAUGAUUUAUGAAGUGGCGAGGAGGAGAACCAACAGACUGUGAAGUUAGCCCGUAUGCUUUCAUUCCUGAAGAGGAAGGUUCGAGCCACAGAAGGAGGCCAUCGCCUUAAAAUGCAUUUUUACUCUCUUUGUUGCUAUUGUUCAGUUUCUAGCUCUGAAGAGAAGUUCUUAUGGUCCUUAAAGGCCAUACAUUUGAUUCAGGCUACCAGAGCCAGCUCAAAACAUUUUGCUGCCAAAUGGCACUCCUUCUGUUCCACAAGCUUAUACCCUCUAACACUUUUCCGAUGAAAAUAGGGACAUCCUGUUCAAGAAUACGAAUACAAAUAUGAAUAAGAAUAAGAAUUCUAUUAUUUAUACCCUGCCCAUCUGACUGGGCUGCCCCAGCCACUCUGGGCAGCUUCCAACAUACCGUAUUUUUCGCUCCAUAAGGCACACCUACUUUUGGGGGGGGGAAUUCAAGAAAAAAAAUAUGCGGCUCUUGGGGGCUUUUGCGGGAGGUGGGAGAAGUGAGAGAGCCUCGCUCUGUCCCUUCCCCCACUUCCCGCAAAAGCCAGGGAUAGCCGCACAAAGCCUCGCCAGGGCAGCAGGAGGAAGGCUCCCCGCUGCCCUGCGGAGGCUUCGCGGGCUACCCCAGAGCUGCUCAGGAGCUUUGCGGGGCUGGCGGGGGAAGCCCAGCUUUGCCCUACCGCGAGCCCCAAAGAGCAGGUCAGGGAGCCCCGAGUUUGUGGGGCUGGCAGUGGGGGAAAGCCAGGGGGAAAGCUUGUGGGGCUGGCGGUUGGGGAAGCCCAGCUUCCCCCCCCCCCAGCCCUAGGGACCACACAUUCACUCCAUAAGACACACAGACAUUUUCCCUUAGAUUUUAAGAGGGAAGGGGUGCAUCUUAUGGAGCGAAAAAUACAGUAUAUAAAAACAUUAAACCUUUAAAAAAAAUCCCUAUACAGGAUUGCCUUCAGACGGCUCAGGGGUCGGACAACUCCAUACCCUCCAACAUGUCUCUAAUGAAAAUACAGGCAUCCUACCAUACCCUCCAACAUUUCUCCAAUGAAAAUAGGGAAAUGGGGGACAUUCUGGGAUCAAAUCAGAAACCAGAAACAGCUUCUCUAAAUCAGGGGUGUCCCUGGAAAAUAGGGACACUUGGAGGGUCUAUAGCUAUUUGCCAUACAGUCCCCAGAGCAGGAUACAUGCAAAAUCCAUCCAGCAGACUAAAACAACAUAAAACGUCAAUUAAAACAGGGCUGCCUUCAAAUGUCUUCUAAAGGUUCCAUCUCCUUGUAUCUUCCUGGCUAUGUCCAGGAAAUUCCAGACGUAUGGCAACCCCAACAUAAUAUGACUUGCUGCAUGCAGCAAACAUGUAGAUGUAUAAAGUUGACCUGAAAUGGGUUGUAAUAAGUAAAGUGCCAUUGAUUUCAGCAGAGCUGAAGCUGAUGCAGGAGUUUAAGAAAUGACAUCUUAAGGCCCAUGCGCAUGGCAGAAGCUACAAAGCUGCUUGGAAAUCUUGUUCGUGGCAUAAGGCAGGCAUCCCCAAACUCAGAUGCUUUGGGACUACAAUUUUCAUCAUCCCUGACCACUGGCCCUGUUAGCUAGGGAUGAUUGGAGUUGUAGUCCCAAAACAUCUGGAGGGCCGAGUUUGGGGGUGCCUGGCAUAAGGCAUUGAGGUUUCACUUGAAAGCCCAUGGAAAUGUGGCUUGUAAGGUUCAGGCUUUCCUCCCUGAAAUCUAGUCCUUUAUCUGUACAUUUAGAAGCCCCCUUCUUCCAUUAUUUCACUCUUGAAUGUGCAAAUUGAUAUUAUUGCUACUGCCUCUUUCUGUUCUUUAAUUUGUUACCAUUUAUACCUUGUAAUGAACCCCAUAAAUUAUAUGGCGGGCGCGCAACAUGGCAAAGUUAAUAAUGCUGCUGAUUUAGCAUUUCUCGGCUUUUAAUUUUUGCAGCCUUGCAGAGAUUUCGAGUAACAAAGCCAUACGCUUGUGCACACAGAGAGCGAGAGCUGUGCUGAGUCCCAGGGAGGUUUUCUCAAUGAACAACAUCACAACAACAAGUGGACAAAAAGACAAGAGAAUUGUUGUCUCCUGAGUUUUGCCGCACUGGUCUGCUCGCACUCAGUGGUUGCUGGUGCAUUAUGGGAACGUUGGUGUGUAGGCAUGAUUUCUAUAAAGGGUGGAGUGAGGAGAUCUGCACAUUCAACAGAGCAUAUGCAAAGCUCUGGGCCCUGUAGGAAUCGGUGCAAUUGUCAGUCAUGCUCAACCAUGCAAAGGAAGAGGACAUCUGGUCGGUGCCUCCCAUUGUGACAAAACUUAUGAAAUCAAAAUGCAUAACUUUUACAAAAGCUGGCACUGUGGCCAAAUUAAGCAUGCAAAUAGGUCCUGUGUUGUAUAAAUUAUUAGGUCAUUAAUUUUCAUUGAAGAACAUGUGCAUAUUGCAAACCCCACAAUGAUCCUUUAAAUUGCAAGAUUGCAAUGCUUCGUCAUUUCUCUGCUCAUUAUUCUCUUUUUUUAAAAAAAAUAUUUUUUAUUAAAGUUUUGAACAACAAAGAAAGAAAAGAAAAACAUACACAAUACAUAUAACAAAAACACAAAAAAAGAAAAAAAAAGCAAGAUUCAACAAUAAAAGAACAAAAAACAUAACAAUUAAAAACAAUAUCUCUUUUCCAUUUCCGUUUUUUAGUUACUUAAUUUCUGGACUUCCUCAUACCUCCCUCUUUUGUAUUCCAAUCCAAAUUAUUUGUCCAGCAAUUUCUUUUCCACUUUUUUAAUCCCAAUCUUUAACUUUAAUAAAAUAUUGAAAUAUAUAACUUCAAUUUCUUUAAACCUGAUCUUUGGUCUUAGUAUCAUAUAACGUUAAAAUUUUCCCUCUUAAUGUCAAAUUUCCAUUUCUUUAAACAUCUUUAAUCCUAAUCUUUAAUCUUAGUCUAUCAUUAACUUUAACCUGUACAGCACGAAACCGCUUAUUUUCAGUCCAACAUCACUCUAACAUUCUUUAAUUUUGCAAUGUUUCUGAAUGUCUCUGCUCAUUAUUCUCUUUGCUUCCUUCUUGGGGCAGAAUGAGACACGAGGGGGUUGUUGUCCACGUGUCUGCCCUAAUUCAUAUAGAAAGCAGAGGAUAGGAGAGUCUUGCACAGCAAAAGGGGUGAAUGGGAGGGAAAGGGCACUGGACCUCAAUGCAACUGCUUUUCUAGGCCAGUGGUAGCCACAAGCAUUGGACUCCAACUCCCAACUUCCCAGACCUGUGUAAGAUGGUGGACCCCCCCAAAAAAAGUGUUUUCAAGGCACAGCACCCAAAAUCUCUUGUUUUGGGUUGUCACGUAAGAUUGAUGCCUUGAAAAAGUACUUUGAGGUGAGAAUACAGCUCAAAAUCACAAAAGAUUUGUUGUUGUUUGGUCAUUUAGUCUUUUCCAACUCUUUGUGACCCCAUGGACCAGAGCACGCCAAGCCCUCCUGGCUUCUACUGCCUCCCACAGUUUGGUCAAACUCAUGUUGGUAGCUUCAAGAACAGUGCCCAACCAUCCCAUCCUCUGUCGUCCCCUUCUCCUUGUGCCCUCCAUCUUUCCCAACAUCAGGGUCUUUUCCAGGGAGUCUUCUCUUCUCAUGAGGUGGCCAAAGUAUUGGAGCCUCAGCUUCAGGAUCUGUCCUUCCAGUGAGCACUCAGGGCUGAUUUUCUUAAGAAUGGAUAGGUUUGAACUUCUUGCAGUCCAUGGGACUCUCAAGAGUCUCCUCCAGCACCAUAAUUCAAAAGCACCAAUUCUUCAGCAAUCAGCCUUCUUUAUGGUCCAGCUCUCACUUCCAUACAUUACUACUGGGGAAACCAUAGCUUUAACGAUACGGACCUUUGUUGGCAAGGUGAUGUCUCUGCAGAGACAUCACAAAAGAUGGCAGUGGCCAUCUUCUUUUGACAAGAAGAAAGGGAGGUGUCCCAUUCUUUCUGGGACAGUUGACAGGUAUGGGUACUACCACCAAAGAGGUCCUCUCUCUGGGCAGCACUGAUUGGAAAGUUCUUACACAUCUGAGCCUCUGGUUGCUGUUGUGCUGAAGUUCUUUUGAAGACCUCCCAUAGGUAUCUGGGUUGCCUACUUUGAGAAUAGGACGCAGGCCUACCUGGGCCUUUGGUAUGAACCAGCAAGAUCCUUCUUCUGUUCUCUUAGAUCACAGUUUCCCAAACUAUUUUUGGACUCCAACUUCCAUCAUCCCUUGCUAGCUGGAACAGUGGUCAGGAAUAGUGGGAAUUCUAGCUGGAGGCCCAAGUCUGGGAAACUGUAUUUGAUGCUACUUAACUCCUGUCAAGUUACCACUGCAAACCUUGUUUUACUGCAUUUCUGCUUUACAGAAACAGGAAUGGGGCUAUUACCCAUUCUUAAUAGCUGGUUUUUUUAUUUGAGUUUUACGUUCGCCUUUUUUUCAUCCUUCCAGGUGCGUGUGCAACAUUGACUGUUCUCAGACCAACUUCAAUCCUCUCUGUGCUUCCGAUGGGAAAUCUUAUGAUAAUGCGUGCCAGAUCAAAGAAGCGUCAUGCCAGAAACAGGAGAAAAUUGAAGUCAUGUCUUUGGGUCGAUGUCAAGGUAAUGCUCCAAGCAAAAUUCAUUUCCAAGAGUGGUCCCUGUUCUUUUUUUUAUUUUCUUUCGUGUGAGUGAAAGAGAAUGAAAAGGCGGGGGGAAUGGAAGCAAGAAACUGCUUUAUUAUUAGACUCUUCUUACACAUCCCAUCAAAGAGAUGGGGGUGUAUCUUUGUUGACCAGAACCACAAUCCAUUGUAAAGUUCUGCCUGAUUGAAUUCUGCUCUUCUGUACUAACAGCUCUCAGUGCUUUAGAUUUCGACACCUUAUCUCAUCUGGUGGUUGUGAUAACAUUUACCAUAUUUUUCCAUGUAUAAGACGACCCCUAUUUUUUGGGACCCCCAAUUAAGGAAAUGGGGGGAGAUUUCCCAGAAUUCUUAAGCUUUUGGGGGGAUUGCCCACAAUUGCUUACCCACUUGACUGCCGCUGCCAAUCGCACGCCUCGCUGAAGCCACCCAUCAUCUGCCCACUCACCGACAGCAGCCACCAAUUACCCUCCCAAUUGCCACAGCAGCAGCCAAUCACCAGCAGGCCUUGCCACAGCCACCAAUCACCCGCCCAAUCUCCGCUGACAAUCUCCUGCUCGCGGCUGCCACCAAUCGCCCGUCCCCCCUCUGCACUAUCCAUGUAUAAGACAACCCCCCAAUUUUUAACAUAUAUAAAAAUCUUCUUAUACAUGGAAAAAUAUGGUAUUAGGGCAGCAGGGGCCCAGGUAAGCACCAGCCCACACAAUCAAUCACACAGGCCAUUUAAAUAGCGAUGCCCGUCAACACUGGGGGGGGGUCUGCACCCCUGAAAAAAAUUAUUGAGGGGGACAAAGGGAUGACAGUGCUCUCCUGGCUUCCAAACAGUCCGACACUGUCCCUUACAAGGUGAGAGAUGCUUGGGGUGGGGUAGCAUGGCAGAGCCAACCUGAUGCUCUUGCCAUUACAUGCCUGUAGAGACCCAAGAUUCCUGUGCCUUUCCCUCCAGUAAGCACCAGCAACAAGCUGUGUUUGUAAGCUGGGAAAGCAGUAGUACCCUCAACUAUGCCAUCACACGGGCUGCUUACUGGAUUAGGCUGGUUGCUUUCUGAAUGGCACCCAUUUGUGGUUUUUUAAAUAACAUCUUUAUUGAAAAUUCAAAAAAACGCAUAAUUAUAUGUGCACCAAACAUGGUGAGACGUAAAUAAAAGAGAACUAGAAUGAGAAACAGAACCCAUGUACAAGGGUAAAUAAAGGGGGGAAGGGGGAAACCCAAAACUGUGUAUUUUACAAAGUUGUUACUGCACUUCACCAGAUCUUAACCUAUUACAGCAUUUGUAAGAAUGGAUUCCAGAUAUCAUUGAAUUUGUCCAUGGCAAGUCUGCGUUUAUAUGCAAGUUGUUCAUAUGUUGCGAGUUUGUAUAAGUCUUCAAUCCAAUCAUAGAAAGGAGCCGCAUUUUUAUUUUUCCACUUCAUCCGUAUCAGUCUUUUUGCUCUGGUAAGAGCAUAGAGAAUCUGCUCGUAUAGACCUUUUGUAAGGUCCCAUGUGCUGGGCAUAUAGUUCAAGAGGAUAAUUUGCUCUGUAACUGCAAAGUUUUUCCGUAGUUUUGUUGAUAGCUUCAGUUACUUUCUGCCAAAAAUCUUUCAAUAUAGGACAAUGGGGGGGGGGAACAUAUGUUUUAGAGAAGCAUUAUCCCUAUUACAUCUCCAGCGGUUAGAUACGUUAGCUAGUCCUUUUUUAAACAACCAGAAUGGGGUCCAGUAUAUUCUAAAUACUAUUUAUUACUGUAUGAGCCUCAAUUUAUGGUCCAUAAAUUGUUAAAGCAGUUAAAACAGUUUCCCACUGUGCUGUCGGAAUUGAGAUCUCUACUUCUUUAUGCACCCACUGGUACUGGCAAGAUGGAAGAGAAGGAGGCCCACGGACAGGUAGAGCCCAGUCCCUCUAGUUUUGUCCCCAUCUUCCUCCCUGAAGAGUUAAAGGUAAAGGUAAAGGGACCCCUGACCAUUAGGUCCAAUCGCAGACGACUCUGGGGUUGCGGCGCUCAUCUCGCUUUAUUGGCCGAGGGAGCCCACAUACAGCUUCCGGGUCAUGUGGCCAGCAUGACUAAGCUGCUUCUGGCGAACCAGAGCAGUGCACGGAAAUGCCGUUUACCUUCCCGCCAGAGCGGUACCUAUUUAUCUACUUGCACUUUGACGUGCUUUCAAACUGCUAGGUUGGCAGGAGCAGGGACCGAGCAAAGGGAGCUCACCCCGUUGCGGGGAUUCGAACCGCCGACCUUCUGAUCCGCAAGCCCUAGGCUCUGUGGUUUAACCCACAGUGCCACCCGCAUCCCCCUGAAGAGUUACACAAGGAUAAUAUAGAGAUGAAGGAGGAGGAGGAGGAGGAGGAGGAGGAGAAAACUGACAGUCAAGGUCAGCCCCAGGACUGGUUGUAAAUAGUCAGGUCAAAGUCUCUUUGACACCCUCCCAUCAGAUGUCAAGGAAAUAAGCAGCUAUCUUAUUUUUAAAAGACAUCUGAAGGCAGCCCUGUUAAGGAAGUUUUUAAUAUUUAAUGCUGUAUUGUUUUUAACACUCGAUUGGGAGCCGCCCAGAGUGGCUGGGGCUGGGAAACUCAGCCAGAUGGGCAGGGUAUAAAUAAAUAAAUUACUAUUAUUAUUAUUAUUAUUAUUAUUAUUAUUAUUAUUAGUUGCAACCAUCCUGGUCAUUUCUACCAAAAGUGGUUGUAAAUAAGAAGGCAGGCCUGUGGGGGCAGGCUGAGGUUGAAGGGGCAGUACCCUCAGUCACUCCCCCACCACAGAGCACAGAGAUACUGUACUUUUCCAUGUAUAAGACUAAGUUUUUUUCUUUAAAAAUCAUGCUAAAAUGUGUCUUAUACAUGGGCAGUGCAUAGGGUAGGCGUUUGAUUGGUUGCUGUGUCAAUGGGUGGUGUUGAUUGGCUGACGCUCCGGCAUUUGUGCGGGUGAUUGGCAGCUUCUGCCGGCGAUGGGACUUAUACACGGGGGCGUCUUAUAGACGGAAAAGUACGGUAGGUUACUCUGAGCACAGGAUUUGGAUUUUCUCAGUUUGUAGCUUGCAUGGAGCAUAAAAUGAACACCUCUCCACUCCUGGAAGCAAAAGAGCAGCUCCCUCAUUUUUCAACCUGAGGCGUUCCAGGUUUCAGUUGAGCUUACUUGGGGGAAAGCCCUGCUGAACUCAUUGGCCCUUACUAGGCAUGCACUCAUCUUCUGUACAUGCUGCCUAUACUGGAAUCCACAGGCCCGCUGGGUUUCUGUUUCGUUUCAUUCAUAAUCCCAGAGGCAGAUGGUCCAUUCUUGGAAGUGUGACAACUUGCCAGAUGCCCUCUUAAUUUAAGAAAAUGUCCACUUGGGGUUGGGCAAGGGCUUCGUUUUUGAUAUUAUUAUUAUUUUUAAAAAAGUGCUUUUUUAUCCCAGUGAUUUCUUCCACUGUAUCAAAACUGCAGUGAUUUUGUUCUGCCAUUUUUAAAAAGUUAAUUUCUUUUCAGUUCUGAAAAAAGAAACGAAUGCAGGCACUAGGACAGGCAGCAGGAAGAGUCACAAAACAGGCCUUUUAACUAUUUUCUAAAACUAUCCCCCCACCCCCUUUAAUAUCUCCCCUGAAGCUGAAGGUCAUUACAGACACAUAGACCCAGUCAUAUCUUCUACACCUACAUAUUAAAAUGCUUAAUUUUUUUUUGUUAUCCCUUUAUGUACUUCUUUUAAUCCAUUCUUCUUUAAUGGAUGUGAUUGUUGAAAAUGCCAGUGAUUCUUCUUUUUUUAAAAGAAAAAAAGCCAGACCUAUAACAGUAUUGUCAGGGAACUGCCAUCGGAGCUAGAGGCGGAGGGAAGGCUCCAGAGGGAUGGUGGAGAGGGUCCCAGUAGGGAGAGAGGCAGCCCGUCCGCUGGGGAAGGAAAUCAGCGUAACACCAGUAGAGAAGGGGGGCAGAUGGGGGAAUCGGAGAGGAGGCUCCAAGACUCCUCGCCAGAGACCAGCGGAGAGAGUACGGGUACUCCGCUGCCCACACCCUCCCUGCGCAGAAGACUUCCGCGCAGGGAGAGUAGGAGGAGACUUGGCGUCAAAGAACUUUUGUGCUGGAAGAAGUUCAAGAAACGCCCACUGGCGGAUUCUGCCAGCGACUGAGACAGUCACGAUGCUGGAGGCUAUUCAGUCAGAAAGGGUUUAACCAGGUAACCUCGCCAGGAGUGGCAGCAACUUACACACGAGCAACCCCUAAAUCCAUUACAAGUAUAAAAUAUAUAAUUUCACAAUUAUGUCAUUGUAUUGCUUUUGAAAAAGUAUGUAUUUGUUAAGGAGAUAUUUGACUUUACCCAUUAUUCUGCCUUUUGUUAAACAAUCAGACAGAUAUCUGUGACCAUGGAGACUACUCUUCAAGUGAAUGGAAAAGCCCCUUCCUUUACAGUGAAUAGGAGUAUUUUCUUUGAGCAACCCUCAAUAUAUAUGUUUUUGAGCCAACCCAAGCAUUCAGCAAGGCAUGUGGUACAGACCUCAUGCCUGUGGCAUUAUGCUGAAUGAGCAUCUGUGGUAAAAAAAAACCAUGUACAUGACAGCUUCGCACAUUCGGGGCAUGUUUAACCUCGAGCCACUUCAGCUAAUUUAUCUGAGGUGGUGCACUCUUGUCAGGACUAUACCAGUAGCUUUGCUGAAGCAUUUGAACUGGAUUUUCAAGGAAGUGUGGGGAUGUUAAGGAUAGUAGUAAGGAUAUAUUGGAUAAGUAUUAUCCUUCCUUCACUCACGCUAGUGAAGUGAUGUAGCAGAGCAAAUUGCCCUCAAUAUAACUGGAAGCUAGUUUGCAUAUUCGUUUGAAUCUCUUAAGGUAAAGGUAAAGGGACUCCUGACCAUUAGGUCCAAUCAUGACUGACUCUGGGGUUGCGGCGCUCAUCUCGCUUAUUGGUUGAGGGAGCCAGCGUACAGGUCUUGUGGCCAGCAUGACUAAGCCGCUUCUGGCGAACCAGAGCAGCACACAGAAACGCUGUUUACCUUCCCGCCGGAGUGGUACCUAUUUAUCUACUUGAACUUUGACAUGCUUUCAAACUGCUAGGUUGGCAGGAGCAGGGACCGAGCAACAGGAGCUCACUCCAUCGUGGGGAUUUGAACUGCCGACCUUCUGAUCGGCAAAUCCUAGGCUCUGUGGUUUAACCCACAGCGCCACCCGCGUCCCUUGAAUCUCUUAGUUAAGAUUAUUUCCUGGCAUCCCCUUUAAUCCCUCUUAAAAGAAUAAAGACACAACAGUCUUUCUGAGUAAAGUAGCAAAAAGUUUACUCACAUUUCAGUUCACGAUACGAUCCCUGAAAGGCAGGCUUUACUUGGUAGUUACACAAAGAAACAGUGAGUUCAUCUCCUAGGGAGACUGAACUCAUGUGUUGCUGGCUGAGAGCCAGCGGACAGCAAAAUUACAUUAAAACAACAAAAUGGCUGCAGGAGAGCAGCAUGGCAGCAAGAGAACAGCGAGACAAUAGAAAGACAAAACAGAAUGAGAAAAUGUCUGCAUGACUCGGUUCUUUUAAGGAGUCAGCCACACCCAUCUCCCAGGUCACAUGCAGGGGGAGGAAGUCCACACCAAUGGAACAGGAAGUUACACUGACUGGACGUCCCCCUGCCUGUGCCCACUCUAGGGAAACAAGGAACGUGUAAAGGUGGUGUCUCCCCUUCGCAUUAACACCCCGGCACAGUUGGCUGAAUAUUUACAGUUUUUAUUACAUAUGUACAAGAAACAGCUACAGUUCAGGAUUAUGCAUCCGAACCCGUUGAGUCAGAUUUGGGGAGUGGCUUCCUUCGAUUGCCCCGCCAACAAAGGAGACGGGGAAAUUACACGAGAUGUCUUUGACCCUUACGUUUCAUUUCCCUCCUUGUCUGUGCUGAUUUGAAAGCGCCCUCCCUUCCAGAGUCUGAGCUCCGUUCCCGGGCCUCUGGGCAAUGGAAGGGCUCUGCAACAUCCCUGAGCCCUUCCUCCUCAUGCCUAAUCUCCGCCCGCUCUUCCGCUUCCUCUGUCCCUGGGCAGUGGAAGGGCUCCACAGCAUCCCCGAUCCCCUGCUCCGCCUCUUCUGUCACUUUCUCCUCCAAAUUCUCCCUGACAGAAUGUUACAUUUGACUGCACCAAUGGAUUACAUCCCACAGGAAGUAGGCAAGAAGGGCAUAUGAACUGUCCCUAUGUUUGUUGGGAUAUUCUGUUCCACCUUAAGGAACAGGCAUGAUUGUUGUGUGUCACAUGUCUGUUUACACUCCAGCACAGGAUGCUGGGAACUUCUGUUUGUGUAUAGCUUUUGCCGCUUUGCUUUGGACACGAAGGAGAUCAGACAUGUUUCCUUUGUCCUGAUGUACGCUGAAUAAACUGCUUGUAAAUAUGCUCACACAGCCUCUCCUGCCACUUCUGUUUACGCAGCGUUUACUCUGCUGAGUAGCGUGCCCUAGCUUCUGAAGCUCAGGUCGCAGGUUCAUGCUGCACCAAGGACUGGAGUUCACCCGGCACACCGGCCAGUGGGCUGAAGCCAGCUGGGGGCCUGCGAAUUGCCCCCGUUUCCUUUGUUGCUUGCCAACAAUGUUAAUAUUCACUGGUAGAGUAAAGUUAGCUUGUGGGAGCUCUGGGCUGUAUCCAAGGAAGUCCAAGGAAUUCAUGCGAGGACUUCCAUUUCCACCAUGGAACUUCCACUCCAUCUCCUCUCUGUUCGUGUGUGUGACCCAUAUCCCCCUAAUCUGCUCCAAAGGCUUGUGGGGGGAACCCCCAACUGAUUGUUUUUCUGGGGGGUGGAGGUUCAGGGAAGAGAGGGAGGAGGCAUUCUGUUCCACAAGCAGAAGUCCUUACGAGAACAGGCCAACUUUGUUGGGUACGGCCUAGUGCCGUGAUUUAAAACUACAAGACAACACUUUACCAAAGCAGGAGAUACCCGAGCAGAACGUAGCAAAACAGAACACAUGUUUUGUCUUUCAGAUAACACAACCACCACUACAAAGUCAGAAGAUGGACAUUACGCAAGAACGGAUUAUGCAGGUAAGCGUUAACCCUAUGCUACCCUAGGAAGAAAGAGUUUAUUUUAUUUUAUUUGCUGGAGGGAAACCUUUCCUUUGGCUAUAUUUGUGAAAUUGAAACCAUAGGUGGUUGCAUCUUUAGUUCACUAUCUAUAUCUCUACAUCUCUAUAUCUAUUUUAUUGGUGAUGAAGGGUUAUCUUAAGGAGGAUUCCAAGCUUCAGUCAAGGAAUUGGUCGCUGAUUAUAUGCAUUUGUACACACUUUCCCCUCAUACAGUGGUACCUUGGGUUACAUACACUUCAAGUUACAUACGCUUCAGGUUACAGACUGCGCUAACCCAGAAAUAUUACCUCAGGUUAAGAACUUUGCUUCAAGAUGAGAACAGAAAUCGUGCUCUGGUGGCGCGGCAGCAGCAGGAGGCCCCAUUAGCUAAAGUGAUGCUUCAGGUUAAGAACAGUUUCAGGUUAAGAACGGACCUCCAGAACGAAUUAAGUACAUAACCAGAGGUACCACUGUAUAUGCAAUUUUGCAUACAUUAUUAGGUUGGAGAACUUCAUUGCAAAAUUCAGAGCAUUGCAACUAUCAGUCCACAUAUUGUUUCACAAAGUGGAAUUUAGGAAGAUUUCCCUUCAAGUGAAUACAAACUGAAUCAUAUUUCUCUCUGUGUGACCUUAUGCUGCCCACAGACCUCUUUGGCUCUUCCUAACCGAGUAACUAUCGCUGAGAGAGCUCAGAAAUGUCUCAGUGGCUUUUAAACCUGGACCUUACACAAUACUGACCAGCUUUGAACUUGUUUAUUUGGUGAUGGUGAUGCGUGAUGGCUGAUAUGUCACUGAGAUGGAGUGUAUUCUCCAUUCGCAAAUAUGCUGGAAAAAUUAUGUGAUAUUCCAUCGGUGACUAAUAGCCUUAGCGCAUUCAAAGUGUGAGUUAUCUCAGGUUUCAGGUUAAAAGUUUCCUUCCGUCACAUUCCCCAAAAUACAUGCACUUAUUGAGUUUGCAAUGCUUAAAUUAAUUCCAUGCAAUUUAAGUGCCGCAAUUAAUCAGUUAAAAGCCAGAAUAAUCAAAGAUUAAAAAAUCAUUAAUCAGUUGACAGCGCUGCUUUUAAAUCUGACACCUCCUUUCAUCUUAACAAGGAAACUCCCCCAAACAUCGCUGCCAUUUUUCUUACCGCCUGCCUCGUAUGCAUUUGUGUUAAUCAUGGCAGCAUCCACAGUGCUUCAAGUUCACUCAAUAAAAAAGAAAAGAAGAGACCAGCAUGUCAUGAAGUUGAAACCAAUAAUUUCUUAUAGCUCUUUUCUGGCUGUUUGAGUCUUCAGACCGAGCAGAAAUACGCAUUACAACAUUUGCCUUUGGAUGCGAAGUUAAUGAGAUAUUUUAGAACAGAUUGUGGUGUGGUUUGUGGGGUGUGUUUUUUUAAAGAAUGAUAAAUGGCUUUAAUUUGUCUAGAAACUCCAGUAAAAUAUAGCCCCAGUUCAAGCUUAAUAUAGCAUUUUUUGAAAUAUUACAUAUAAUAUGUAAAUAUUAUUUAAGGUCUUAUCGACUGUUGUCUGUUCGGGCAGAGAGCUGUGUCUUCAUUUCAUUUCAUUUCAGAUCUGCUGUACCAGAAGGACUAAUUUGCAAGGAGUCUUAAGUGCUUGUGCAAAUUGUCACAGCUUGACUUUAGCGCUGAGAAUAGGAAUACUUGGAGUGUUAUCAUUUAAAAACAUGGCAAGGGAUGUAUAAUUGCUUCCGCUUGUGGUUUCCUUUGUGUUGGGGAAAUGGAGUUUUUGUGAAGGCAAGACCCCGUUAGCUUCAGAGGAGAUGUUGAAGCCAAACACUUGGCUUCUGCCGUUGGCGUGCCAGACAAUGGAAAGAUGAAGUGCGUCUUAUUUUUUUGGCAUGUGCCGAGGUUCACUUAUUAAGAUUGUGCUGGUCCCGUGAGACAGCAAGGUGUUCGCCAUCUAUCUGUGAUGUGCGGUUCAAAUAACAAUAGGCUAUGUUUGUGCGUGUACAACGCACAUUUAAAAAAAAAACUGUCUCCUUGUUUCAAAAGGACCUUUGUGCUGGAUAUUUAUAAAAGCAUAAUUAUGGCUUCAGCUUGUCAAGACGCAGAGUUCAGAAAUAAUUGGACUGAUCCAGUAAGUGGGACUCAAGAGUGGAAAUAUCAGUACUAAUGGUUACAGAGCAAUCAAAAUCCCAGGCACCAGGGAACUGGGGAACAGAGUGAAGAAUCCAUUGCUGUGUUUCAAAACUUGGUAGCUCAUGCUGGCCACAGCAAAAGGGAAUAAUACCAUCCCCUCAUUAUUUGCUGAAACAGCUCUAGGAGACCCUCAGAUUGGCCUCCGUUCAUAGGAGCCCACUCCUAGGGCCAAGGGGUCUUUGCCUCCCAUAAAAUAUUUGAGGGGCCAAGGCCCCCGCAAAGUUGUUGGACAUGGCCAUUCGAAUGGUGUGUGUGCACCACGUCAUGUGAUUGACUAUGUGGUGCAAGUGGGGCUUACCUACCCCCCAUAUUUUAGCACCCCUACCCCCUUGAAUCAGACCCCCUCAGGGGAUCCAUGGGGCUUUGUAUCCUUUGCACCCAAUGUGUUGUUGGCGGUUUCUUACUGCUAGCAGAGAUAAUCCUAAGGAGAAGGGUAGGAUUGCACGCCUUGCAUUCUCAAAUACUUAGAGUUUAUUGGAUUCUGCUCUUAGGCUGCAAUCCCAACCAUGUCUACUCAGGAGCAAAUCCCACUUCCCAGACAGAAGACCUCACUCCUGAUGGUGUGCCAUCAUUUCAUCCAUGGUGAUUGCAUUCUUCUGAACCUGCAUAUUGAAAUCCAGAAUGUGGCCUCCAGCUUCCCGUACAGCUUUUACGGAAUAACCUUCACUGGGAAACUUAAGAAUCUAUGUUAAAAACAGCCAAACGCUUUGCAAAUUAUUAAUUAGGUAACAAUAAUACCAAGGUUCAUGAGAAGUUCACACCUCGGUUUUAGAAACAUUUACAAAACCCUGGGCUCCUUACCAUUCGUAGCUUUCGUCUUAUCUGCUACGCUGCUUUGAUUGUAUUUAGAGAUUAUUUUAUGGACGCUGCCUCUGCACUUUAGCUCAGUGGAUUUUAAUGCCUCUCAUAUUGCUGAUUACUAUACAAGGAAACAACAUUUUCUCUUUGAUAACAUCCCUGAAAUGAUGUCUUUCGAUUCCUCGCUCGGGAUCUAUAAAAGAGGUCCUUGGUGUGUUUGUUUUGCUGGGAACACUUUGGAGAUUUGUCCAGCUUAUUUCAGAUUUUGAGUUACAUUUCCUGGGGGGGGGGGGAUCGCAUAAGAAUACUUUCUGCUCUAAGAAAUAUAGGCCAUGUCAUUGAUCGGUAUCCUUUUUUGACAGAGCAUGAUCUCAAAAUGCAUUGUGUCAGUCCCAUCAAGCUCCUUGUGUGUUUUAGGGGGGCAUUCAGCCCUGAUUCAGGUCCCAAAAGGGAAACCCCCAUAGUCAGAAAUUAGGCAAGCUCCCAAGGAAAUAAAGGUGUUUUGCUACUGUGGACCUAACUCUUUCCAUUGCAGAUCAGCAAAUGGACAUCCCUGGUCCAUACCUGGCCUUGGAGAUACCACCUGCUCCCCUAGUUGCUCACUAAGGCAUGGGGAGGUACCUGUGCUGACAGGAUCAACCAUUCAGGAAAACGGAGGUUAUCUCCCUCUAGAUCUGGGAUGGGGAAUCUGGGGCCCAUCAGCUCCAGGCAGCAUGCUCAAUGGCCAGGAAAGAUGGGAGUUGUAGUCUGACAGUAUCAAAAGCACCUGUCAGGGACCGUGCUGAGGAGGGCUGCACUGAGGAAGGAUGGUGGGAGCCAACCCCUGUUCCUGAUCCUGAAUCCUCCCAGGAGCAGGAGGACAGUAUAGAUUUGGAACAGUGGUUUGCAGAGGGGCAUAGUUCAGAAGGCAGAAGCUGGGGAAUACUGGAUGGGGAACAGCUAGGAGAAGAAACACUGGGGGGGGGGGGAGUUAACAGAUUCACUGUCUCUGGAAAGCAUUCAUCUGCUCUCCCCAAGGUCAAGAAGGGCUGAGAAAGUGGCAGAACAGAAAGCACAGAGAGUACAAGCUCAGGUUACAAGACAUAGGAGUGACAUGGGUGACUAGGGACGUAAGGGGGUGGAAUUCUUCAUUGGGAGCACUGACAUUCCUAGGAGAUGGGUUCUUUGUUCUCUCGCUGUGAUCUUUAAAGUUUCUAACUGGUAAAAAGACUCCUUUUCCUUUGUUCUGCUUAUCUACUGCUGGGGGGGAGCAACCCCCUGAAGCCUGACAGCACCACGGGUAAUAAUAAUAAUAAUAAUAAUAAUAAUAAUAAUAAUUUAUUAUUUAUACCCCAUCCAUCUGGCUGGGUUUCCCCAGCCACUCUGGGCGGCUUCCAACAAAAUAUUAAAAAUACAAUGAAACACCAAACAUUAAAAACUUCCCUAAACAGGGCUGCCUUCAGAUGUCUUCUAAAAGUCAGAUAGUUGUUUAUUUCCUUGACAUCUGAUGGGAGGGUGUUCCACAGGGUGGGCGCCACUACCAAGAAGGCCCUCUGCCUGGUUCCCUGUAGAUUCACUUCUCACAGUGAGGGAACCACCAGAAGGCCCUCAGCGCUGGACCUCAGUGUCUGAGGUGAACAAUGGGGGUGGAGACGCUCCUUCAGAUAUACUUCAGGUUCCCCAUCCAUGAUUUAGAAAGUCUUGAGGGUAGAGGAGUCCCAUUUGAAUACUUGUUGGAAAUGAAGGCUUUGCACUUUUCUAGCUCGCAGAGGUAUCCUAGGUUACUCCAUCUGGGUGGGAAUUUCCUCCCCAAUUGAACAAAUGUAUAAGAAUCUUGAUCCAAAGCCUUCUUGCUGUCAGCGGUGUUCCUUUGUCAUGUUUAGUAAUAAACAACAAAAAUCUGAAAAGGAAGCCUGUCCUAGAUUGUAAUUUGCAACAUUUAAAAGUAGGUCAGAUUCUGAGCUUAAACUACCUGACAGUGUCCCUUCAAAUUAAGGAGUUUUUUUUAAAAAAACUAAAAAUUACUAUGUGUCAAACCUUUUCCCUAAGAUAUUGAAAAAUGAUAACAGCCUAUAACUUUGCUUUAGGAUAAAAGGUAAAUCCGGCACACUCUCUUUUCUUUAUGAUAUUAGUGGGUGGGGAAUUUCACAUAACAUAUCCAAGACAUAUAUAUUCCAAAGCACAAAAGAAGACACUGAGAUGCAGCUCAUUCAGGAAUCUAAAAAGCAGGGGCACCAACAUCUCAUACACAUUGAGGGGACCUGGUGUCAUGUGACGUGUCCCACUCCCACCCAGGACGCCAGCACUCUCCCAUCAGCAGUGGGAGAUGGGGGCACAGAGGGUGAUCUUCACCUUCCAUGCUUCCUGCCCCCACCCAGUGCACAAGUGCUCACCUGGCAGUGGUGGGGGAUGGUGGCCCCCUCAGUAUUGGGGGGCUCAGUCCCCUGCCCACAAAUAUUGAGGGGGAUGAAGCCCCUUCUGCCCCCUGUAGUUGGCGCUUCUGCUGAAAAGGAAUCAUGAACAUCAUUGCCCACCUCAGAAAAUUGUCCUAGUGUGCAGUCUAUACAUGCCGCCAUGUGGUCACUGUUCUGAGAUUUGUCCUCACAAAAUGUGUUGCGCAUACCUAGGGGUUGGACAGGUUUCCCCACCACCACCCAAAAAAGGCACAGGUCCAUGCAGGUGCAAAAAUCAUGCCUCUCAAACUUUGGGUCAAAGUGGCCCCAGACCAUUCCUCAGCUGCUGUGGAUGGCCAGGCACAUCUCCUUGCCAAGGGUGCAAGGAAUGGUGGGGACACUGAUACAACUCCUUACCAAGGGCACAAGGGAGCCUAGGUAUGCCUCUGAGUGGCACAUAGAUUGCUAUGUGUGUACAUCCCAUACAUUCGUGAUAAUUUUAUACAAUGCUAUUGUGCAUAGUGUGGCGUUUGCCCUCCUAGUUGUGUGACAUCAUACUGGGUUCAUAAGGAAAGGGUUAACUAAUUGUAAAAUGACUAACCUAUAGGAACCCAAGGGGAGGAGUUCGAGUUCGAGUUUGAGUUGUUAAGAAGUCAGUCUGGAGUUAGAGAAGAGAGAGGGAGGAUCUCUGGGUUGGGCUAGUCUGAUGUGAGAGAGUAAGAGAAUCUGUUAAGAGGAGUCAGUCAAGCAGUUGAGAUAAUCAGUCAGAAGGUAUUAGGAAGGUAUAGGCCGGUAGAGAAACUAAGGUUAAGAAACUGACAAGAAAAUUAUCUGAGAAACCAUAAACUUGUUAAUGCUUAUAAAAUAAACUUGUUUAUUUGGUUUAAUUUUAUCAACUGUCUGGACUCAGUGUGUACCCGAGAGUAACGGGUUGGUGGUGAAGUAUAUUCGGGAAAGUGAGCACAGUGGUGGCACAGGGAUCAAUAGACCGUCAAACGUCCAGGGACCCUGUGUGAUCACCACACAUAGUGCUCAAGACUCAUUGCUGUGCCGCAUUACAUAUCGGGGGACUAUGGGAACCAUAGAGAAUAUUCCUUUUAAUUAAGUAUCCAGGCUGAUAUUGAGAGACAUUUUGUAACACCACUUUCUUAUUUUUAGCCAGUAUCCAUGUCAAGGGCUUUGUGAAUUGUGAGAACCACCACCCCCUUGACCUGAACCUUCCCAAGGCCAGGAGGACAGUAUUGAUUAAGAACAGUGGUUUGCAGAGGGGCAUAGUCCAAAAGGGGAAAGCUGGGAAAUACUGUGUGAGGAACAGCUAGAAGAGGAAAUGCCAUGAGAGACUGCUAGCCGAUUCAGUAUCCUUGGACAGCGUUCCUGACCCCCCCCCCCUUCACCUCAGACUAGACGGGCUUUGAGAGUGAUAGAGCAGAGAGCACAGUGGCAACAAGUUCGAUUACCCAGCGUAGGAGUGACGUAGAUUAAUGGGGAUGGAGGGGGUGAACCUUUACUGGGAGCAACCGCCAUUUCUAGAGAGAUAUGCAUUCCUUUGUCUCUCACUGUGAUUAUUAAAGAAACUAACUGGUAAGAACACUCCUUUCGUUUGAUCUGCUUAUUUACUGCCACCGGGGGGGGGGGGACCCAAUCCCCCAUAGCCUGACAAUCCAUUGACUCUGCAUGCCCAAGGUGGUUUUGGCCUUUUAUUCCUUGAACUACAGUUUUGCCACAUAGAAAACCACAUAGGAAACUAGUGAGACUUCCAAGGACAGCUUAUGAUAUUGAAUCUGUCCUUCAAAGGGGCGAAGUGGUUGCUUUUUUAAAAAACUCACUUGGUAUUCUGAAGUCUUAGGAACUACCUAGAGUAGAAUACUACAAAACUUUGGCCACCCAAUUAAGCUGAGUUUUGGAAGAUUAAAGGUAAAGGGACCCCUGACCAUUAGGUCCAGUCGUGGCCGACUCUGCAGUGCUCAUCUCGCUUUAUUGGCCAAGGGAGCUUGCGUACAGCUUCCGGGUCAUGUAGCCAGCAUGACUAAGCCGCUUCUGGCGAACCAGAGCAGCGCACGGAAACGCCGUUUACCUUCCCGCUGGAGCGGUACCUAUUUAUCUACUUGCACUUUGACGUGCUUUCAAACUGCUAGGUUGGCAGGAGCAAGGACCGAGCAACAGGAGCUCACUCCGUCGCGGGGAUGCGACCCGCCAACCUUCUGAUCGGCAAGUCCUAGGCUCUGUGGUUUAACCCACAGUGCCACCUGCAGGACAGUCAAAAGAUAGUACUUGCAGAGUUCACUUCCAGCAAGAUGGAGUGAUUUCCACCAACUUGGGUGGUCUUAAAGGAGAAUUAGAGAGAUUCGUAGAGCUAAGGUAUGUUGUACCUCCACUGUCAGAGACAGAAGACCAGUUUCUGGGAAUCGCCAGCCAUGGGAAGGCUGUUGUGCUCAGAUCUUGAUCCAGCAGGGCUCUUCUUCUUAGGUAGCUCUUUAGAUCAUCAAAUGAGCACAAUGAUAUUUGGCUGAUCAACCUGCUCCAAAGGAACAGCUUACAUUUUGCCGACUUCUUAGGCGGUUCCUGUCCGGCACCAUGUUUUAAUUUCCUUUUUAAUGAAUUGAGGCCAUGUUUUACAUGAGUUGUCUUAUGCCUCAUUUUCACUAAUGAAAGAUCUCAACUAUAUGGUGAAUGAACAUUGACAUGAAAGCUGUUUGGUUUGUCCACAAGCGCAUAGCUUGAAAAUGCACUAUGUCUUAUAAUUUGCUCUGAAGGAAAUAAAUAAACAGCAGGAGCAGUGCAAGCUCCAGCUUGUAGUACUAUUAUUGGCGUGAGCAGCUUAAUAAAUAAAAGGCUGGAGUGAGCUAUUAGAGAGUUCCAGGCUUUCUGGAAGAAAAAGAAGAAAUGUUUCAGAAAGGAAGGAAGGUGUGAAAUCUCUUAGCAGGUGCAUCAAGUUGUACCCAACAUUGGGGCGGGGCUGUAGCACAUGCAUGAUGUCACACAUGUGACACACAACCCCAGUUGAGGCAGGCUACCCACCCAGUCCAUCACCCACCCACCCACCCACUACCAGCUGCCUUACCUUAUGAAAGGCAUACUUGCAACAAAGACAUUUUGCCCUGUGCAUCCCAGGAGGAGAUAGCCAUCGUGCCUUCUGGGGAGCUGCUCUGGUGAUCCUCAAAGGGACACGCCAGGGUCAAGAUCAGGGGUAGGCAACCUAAGUCCCGGGGGCUGGAUGUGGCCCAAUCGCCUUCUCAAUCCGGCCCGUGGACGGUCCGGGAAUCAGCGUGUUUUUACAUGAGUAGAAUGUGUCCUUUUAUUUAAAAUGCAUCUCUGGGUUAUUGUGGGGCAUAGGAAUUUGUUCAUUAUUAUUUUUUCAAAAUAUAGUCCAGCCCACCACAUGAUCUGAGGAACGGUGGACUGGCCCAUGGCUGAAAAAGGUUGCUGACCCCUGGUCAAGAUGGUUCGCCAUGCUGUCUCCCUGGCAGUCCUCAAAAGGACACAGCAGAGCUAAGCAUCUUUGUCCUAGAACAUCCUUUUGAGGAUCACCACAUAAAUUUUUUUUUGGGGGGGAGCGAUCCCCCUUCUUGCAAAGUAUUGGCCGGCUCUGGCCCCUCGGCAACCCCCACCCCCCAGAUGGUGCCCCUGCCUCUUAGGGCUUCCGGAAGUGGGGGGUGAUUUUUGCAAUGAAUGCCGUUUCGAAAUGGCAAGACUGACCGGAAAGCUCAGGAACCAAGAAGACCAAAACUUCAACAAAGAAUGGGGGCGGAAAUUAUUAUUUAUCUAAGCGACCGCUGUAAGCAGUCUGAAAACACUUGCAGGAUUACAAUAACACUUGUAAUGUAGCAAAUAUUAUGGACAAAUGGAGAACAUAAAACACUGAUUAUGAAAUAAUAUGCAGUUGAAAAGGAUGACAAUAGGACUCAUGGAGGGAAAGGUGGGAAGUUCAGAGAUUAGAAGAAAUCUCUAAAUAUGGAUAUGUAUUUUGUAUUGUACUGUUAUAAUUCUAUAUUUGUAAAACCAAAUAACCGUUAUUUAAUUUUUAUUUAUUUAUUUUUGCAAUGAAUGGAUGUCCUGUUUUAGGAUUUACAUUGACAAGAAUCACUGAAAGAACUUGGGACCAACUUCGGUGCAGAGGCUUUCAUAUUUAAAGAUAUAUAGAUAAACCCAUAUGUACGUAUAGAAUUGUAAAGUUGGAAGGGACCAUGAGGGUCAUCUAGUCCAACCCUCUACAGUGCAGGAAUUUUUGCCCAACAUGGCGCUCGAACCCACAACCCUCAGAUUAAGAGUCUCACGCUCUACACACUAUAAUGUAUCCAUUCCCCUUAGGCUGCUGUGCUUUGCUUGUUUCCUCAUAAUAUCAUGUAGCCACUCAUCUGCAACAUUAUGUUAUGUUAGCAACGGCUACGGAUAAACUCAGAAAUUGUAUUUGCAGAGCUGCUGAAGGUAUUGCACAGGAGAAUCCUGAGCUGCCACGAACCAGUGCUGCACAUUUAUGCCCCAGUUCAUAAAUACAUCGUGCAUCAUUUAUGUUUGUUUCUGCAUAUUCAAAAUGCAUAAAUCCCUACUCCAAAGCAAAUUAGAAGCUUUUUAAUGCUUGCUAAUCCCUCCUGUUAGUCCUUCCACGCAUGCUCAGAAUCCAUGUCUCUGCCAUGCUCAAAAAGAUAAAUGAGCUUAAAUAAGGUACCAUCCUCACUGUGUGUGUGUGUGUGUGUGUGUGUGACUUUCACCUCUUGCACACGCCAUGUAAUCUCAUAGGGUUUUAUGAUGUUUACUUUGUUUCCCCCGCUGCUUUUUUUCUUUUAACCUCCUGCGUUUUGGGGUGGCUAUAGGCAAACAGAAAUAAUACAAAAGGGGGGAAAUAUCCCAGUUAGGUGCAAAUGGAUUUCUCACAUUCCGUUCCAUAAUUUUUCCAGCAAGGAGUCGUGGCAAGGGCUUGGAUGUGGGAAAACAGGCUAAACUCUCCAGGCAACUAUCUCCCAAUUCAAAUCCAGAAAUAGAACACAUGCUAAUUCCAUCCUCUGCCACUUGUCUCUGUUGCCCUCUGUAAAUUGGUGGAUCUGGAGCAAGGUAACUUAAACAGCUCAGGUCCGAGAUACCUCAAGGACUGACUCUUUCAAUAUGAAAAUACCCGGACCCUGUGCCAUAAAACUUAGGGAACAAGCUGUGCUAUCAUAAUGAUUAAGGCCUUAAAUGAUAAUUUUAGGUUGUAUGUUAGUGACUAAGUUUUAAUUUAUAUAUAUUUUUAACUGCUGCUAUAUCUGUAUUGUCCCUGUUAUACCUAAUUGCAAAUUCAAAUGUAUCCCUAUCGUGUUUUAUGAUUUACUUGAUACUGUAUGUGGGCUGAAACUGGUCUGUGACUGAAAUAAUAAAAUUCAUUCAUUCAUCUUCUGAGGCCCUUCUUUAUGUGCCUCCUCCAUGUGUGGCGAUUGGCGCUGUGGUCUAAACCACCAACCUGUUGGGCCUGCCAAUUGUAAGGUCAGCAGUUCCAAUCCAUGUGACAGGUGAGCUCUCGUUACUUUGUCCCAGCUCCUGGGACAGAGCUCUCAUUGCUUUGUCCCAGCUCCUGCCAACCUAGCAGUUUGAAAGCACACCAGCGCUAGUAGAUAAAUAGGUAAUACUGCGGCAGGAAGGUAAACAGCGUUUCCAUGUGCUCUGGCACUCAUCACAGUGUCCCGUUGCACCAGAAGCGGUUUAGUCAUGCUGGCCACAUGACCCGGAGAAGCUGUCUGUGGACAAACACCGGCUCCCUCAGCCUGAAAGCGAAGAUGAGCGCCACACCCCAUAGUCGAAUUCGACUGGACAUAACUGCCCAGGGGUCCUUUACCUUUACUUUAGCUCCUCCACAAAAGGUCCAGAGAGUGUCAGCAUGAGAACGGGCCUUCUCUGCAGUGGUUCCCCAUUUGUGGAAUGCUCUCCCCAAGGAUGUUCAACUGGCAUCUUAAUUAUACAGUCAUACCUCGGGUUACAAACGCUGCAGGUUGUGCGUUUUCGGGUUGCGGACCAUGCCGAACCCAGAAGUACCAGAACAGGUUACUUCCGGGUUUCGCGCUCGCACAUGCGCAGAAAUGCAAAAUGACAUCACACACAUGCGCAGAAGCACCGAAUCACGUCACACACGUGCACAGACACAGUGCUUCAGGCUGCGAACGCUGUGGGUUGCGGACAUGCCUCCUGCACGGAUCACCUUCGCAACCUGAGGUAUGACUGUACACCUUUAGGCACCAGGUAGAAACAUUCCUCUUUAACCAGGCCUUUGACAAAUUGAUAUCCAAUGUUCUUUUUAAAUGUUUUGGGGAGGGGGGCAGUUAUUUGGUUGUUCUUGUUCUUGUUUUUAUUAUGUAUUUUGUGUUUUAUAUAAUAUGAUUUUAUGUUGUGAACUGCCCUGAGACCUGUGGGUAUACGACAGUAUACAGAUUUAAUAAAUGAUGAUAAUGCACAGGAAGGCUCCUCGGGUGAUUUAGAAGACUGAUUACUCAAAGUUCAACAACAUGCAGUUCAUACUGGCAGCUCCCUUCUUCAGACAGUCACCCUCCAACUCAUGGCGGUGGUAACACAGAUGGUGAUGCAGGGGGAUGGAGCUAGAUUGUGUCGUACUUCUGGAUUUAAACAGGGCAAUAGUUGAAGCUAGUGUGUGGUUACCAGAUUUUUUUCAAUGAAUCCGGGGACACAUUAUUAUUUUUUAAGCUGAGUAGCAACAGGGAGUCAGUAGUGGGGAUGGUGAGGCAAAAGACCCUGGGCCCAAGCACACAUGCAUAUUGUAUAAAGGUGCAAAGCCCUUCUUUCACACCCUGUGAAACAAAAAUGCACAGAGGUUUUUAAAAAACUAGGCAACGGUCAGCCGCCCACAACUCCCGAGCCUCCCCCAUCAGUCAAAACAAAGGGGGAAGGGGGCAGGAGAUCUGUACCGCCGAACAUCCCUAGUUCCCCAUUGGCAGUGGCAGCAGCACCAGCAGUCUCAGCUCCCCAGAGCCAGCCUGGUAGCGCAGUUGGCUCUGGCUGGUUUCAGGAGCUCCUCGCCAGAAGGCCCCAUAUGAUGUGUUGAGCACAAGACACAUCAUAUGGGGACUUCUGGUGAGGGGAAAUGGUGGGCGCUAUGGCAGCGAGCAGCUCCUGAAACCAGCCAGAGCCAACUGCGCUACCAGGCUGGCUCCAGGCAGCUGAGGCUGCCGCUGCCACGUUUCCCGGGGACAGAUUUGCAAAUCUGGGGACUGUCCCUGGAACUGGGAAUGUCUGGUAACCCUAAGCUAGUGUGAUCACCUCUGCACUCCGGCAGCAAAACCAAAAUGCUUGUUUACAAAGCUAUUGUACUACCAACCUUACUGUCUGCUUGUGAAACAUUUACCACUUAUAAACACCAUCUCCAACUCCUCGAAAGAUUCUAUCAACUGCAUCUCCGAAAAAAUUUACACAUCACUUGGGAAGACAGGCGAACUAAUGCCAGUGUACUGGAAGAAGCAAAGAUCACCAGUAUUGAAGCAAUAUUCUUCAACAUCAACUUUGUUGGACUGGUCAUGUUGUGCGGAUGCCUGAUUAUCGUCUUCCAAAGCAACUACUAUAUUCUUUACUUAAAACUGGAAAGCGUAAUGCCGGUGGUCAACAAAAGAGUUUUAAAGACUCUCUCAAGGCAAAUCUAAAAAGAAACGUAGUAUAAACACCGACAACUGGGAAACACUGACUGGUCUGCAAGUGCUCCAACUGGAGAACAGCCUUUACCAAAGGUGUCGUGGGCUUUGAAGACGCUCAAACUCAGGACAAAAGGGAGAAACAUGAUUAGAGGAAGGUGUGGGAGGCACGUUUGGCAAACUCUCACCAUAAUCAACUCCCACCUGGAAACCUAUGUCCCCACUGUGGAAGGACGUGUGGAUCCAAAAUUGGCCUCCACAGUCACUUGCGGACUCACUGUUUAAGACCAUGUUCAUGGAAGACAAUCUUACUCGGCUACGAGUGAUCGCCAAAGAAGAAAGAAGUUCCUGCAUCCCAGGUUGUGUUUUCAGAUCUGAAUACCACCAAAUCACCGUCUCUGUCAUUGAUUUUCUAAAAGUACCUCCGUCUCAGAAUAAACUACUUUGCAAGGUGGUUGUGAGGAGAAAGCACCAGCCUAAGCUCCUUGGAGGGAAACGAAGGGUGGAAAUGUCAUAAAUAACCCUUCCUCUAAAUAUAAUAGGUGCCAACGGACUGUGCCAUAAUCAGUGGCAGCGCAUUUCCAAAAGAUAGCGGUGCACUGAAUUAGAAUGUAGACCUGUUAUGACAAGCGUUAUCAAUUCCUGACAGCAUUACAUAAUGGGAAAAUAUAUUUCUGACUAGAUAAAGAGAGAGAGAGAGAGAGAGAGAGAAGGGGGGGAAUCCCUCAUGACUUUUAAUCUCUCUCUCUCUCUCUCUUUACAUUAUCUGAGAUUUAAAGCUAUGUGUGUUGUACAUCAAAAACACCCCCUCCCAGGGGUAUUUCACUUACAAUUUCAUUUAAAAAUAGGAAUGUGGCUCUAUCUAGCUAUGAUGAGAAUGGAUUAAACAAGAAUCAGGAAAAAUAAGCCAAGUCUGUAUAUGAAGUCGCUUAGGGGAAACCCGUGUUAUUAGGUUGAAAUAUUUAACUGAUUGACUUUGUUGCAUUUUGACUAGGGGCUGAGGGAGUUGGUUCCUGGGUACUUCACUUGCUCCUUUGCGAACAGUUUGUUGUGGUUUUUCACAGCACCAUUUAAUAAGAUUUCCUUUCCUUCAUCUCCGUGAUUGGAAUGACCUUGGUCAUGCAACAGAAUAUCAGCUGUUUCGUUUAAUUUAUUCUCAAUAGGAGGCACUGCAAGAAGCUGACGUCCUUUGACUUCCUUGAUUCUUCAUUUCCACAAAUAGUUAUUUUCCCCCUCUACUUUGCCAUCGUCUGGCAGUGCUGUUAUGAAUGCCUGAUAAGUAAGAUGCAGCAACAUCUAUUUCAUUCUGCUCUUGUCUGAUUAAAGGGUUCUUUGUAAGCAUUAUUUUAUUUAUUAUAUAUUUGUUUGCUGUUUUGUUUACAUACCCGUGGACAGUGCCGGCUGCUGCCCGUUGAGACUGGUAGGGCAGAAUGCAGUUAAGCAGCUAAAACAUGACAUUGCAACAGAACAGUAGCUGCACACAUUUCUGCUGCUCAAACAUGGUCUGCUACCUAGAGCUUUAUCUCUUCCCAGCGUGUUCCACUAACAUUAUGCACUGUGAAGCUGCUGUGUAGUUUCUCUCACCAUUCUGUGCAUUACUAUGAAGCUGUUUUCCAGAGAUGGGUGUUGUGGGGCAGGGAUGCGAUGCCUGGCAAUAAGGGUAAUAGUGUCUGCUGGCAAAUGGAGUUCUAGGUAAAGAUUGUGGAUAGAGGAGGGCUCUGUGCCUCGAAUCAGCUGCACGGCAGGCAGAAAUCAUUGCAGCGUGAUGAAGUGGCAGCCCCGAGAGGAUAAUAAAGGCCAAGAAGCUGUUGAUGGUGGUAGCAAGGCUGAAUUUUCCACACUGAAACAGCCGGCCCAGUUCUCUGGCUGCAAACAUCUAAGCAGGCAAUCACAGUCACUGCAUUUGAUAAGGCAAACUCAAAAUACCUGAGUUCUAGAUCUGUGCUGCUUUAUCAGUAACAGUACAGAGGAAUGUAAUGCAAUGUUGAAAGUUCCUUGCAGCUCUAGACGUGCAUGCACGGGCUUCUCUGAUAGAGCCUGAUUUGGCUUGUUUUAUCUUCCUUUUGGCUUCUGAGCAAUUUUUUUUUAAAAAAAACUUGUUUUCCUUCCAUUUAAUCCUGGGCAUUUUGAAUUUUCUUUAUAGAAGCAGUGGCAUCAGCAAUCUCACAGUCCCAAGAAUAUUGGCAUAGGUUAUGAAAAGGGUUUCCUUCCCCUCUAGUCCAAUUUUUGUCACUUCAGGUAAGAGAGGGUAAUUUGGAGGAUGGAUUAUUUAAAACACUGCCACUCUUUUUUCCAAACUUCAGUAAGAAACCAGCAACUUUUAGGGAAUCAUUAUCUUCUCUGCUCCUGGCACGGAAUACAAAACCCAUUGUUCCUCUCAUAAUUACUACAUUAUACAUUGUAACCCUGCUGGUGGUCCAUGGGUGGCAGGGGGGUGUGAGAGAAUGUCCUUGCUCUUAAGUGAAUCUGGCCUCAUCCUUGGGUACAUUUCAGCCUCCCUUUGAAAGUCACACUUCUGCAAAAUGUGUGAUGCAGUUUUCCAAACAAUGUGUGCGAGACCAUUAAAAAUAGCUCAAAACCUCAUUUUUGUUGUUGACAAAAAAGAAAAGUUCAGCAACCUCAGCCCGCUUUCUGAAGCAUGGCAACCCUAUAUAUUACAGGAAAGUGUGAAUAAAAAUGCAUUAUAUUAGUGUAAAUAACAUACAGAAAUGUAUUGCAUAAGGUAGGGUUGCCAUAUUUCAAAGAGUGAAAAUCCAGACACAAAAGUUGUUGAGCUUUCUUUCUUUCUUUCUUUCUUUCUUUCUUUCUUUCUUUCUUUCUUUCUUCUUUCUUCUUUCUUCUUUCUUCUUUCUUCUUUCUUUCUUCUUUCUUCUUCUUGGCCAAAGUUGUUGAGGUUGUUUUGCAAAAUCUCAAAAAAGAAGUUUUGAGCUAUUUUUAAGGAAAUUCACCAAAAUCUACACUUCCGACAUGGGUUGCCAUACGUCCAGAUUUACUGUUUACGAGGGCUAAGUCCCAGCUAUGUCGGGAAAUUCCAGACAUAUGACAACCCUAGAAUGAGGAGAUGUUCCAAAAAUAUGUAUAUUGGUUGAAACAGCUUACCAAAAAAUGUGUUUCUUAGGAGAAUUAGCAUUGAAAUUCUGACUAAUUUUCCUAAGGCUGUUUCAAAAAAAGCAAAAUGUUGCAGAAAUGGGGAGACCUAAAUGGAAAAAUGAAAGCAUAUGAAAUUGUCAGAUUUGUCCCAUCUCUAGUGACUUCCCAGCUCACAGAACCUCUCUAAAGAAAGGAGACAGAAAGCUUUCAACCAUUCUCUGUAUAUUCAGGAAAAAACAUUGUGGUCUUGUAGCUCUUGUAUACAUUGACCAGCUCUUUGUACAGUGUAAAAUUGGAUGCUUCCAUUCAUUCUUAUUUUGUAAUUAGGGCAACAGAGAUGUCUGUAUUCAGAGAGGUUCAGUUUUCAAUGGCAAAAAGACCUGAAAAUGAAAGUUGCCUUCAGGUUGGAAUAUCAAAGUUUUCAUUUCUAUAUUUCUAAAUAUAGGAGUUCCAACUCUGGCCUGCCCCCAGCUGCCUCCUUUCAGGUAUUUCAACCUGAAAUAUAGUUUCGGGGAGUAGGGAGAUACUUUAAAGAAUUUGUGAUAUAUAUAGAGAGAGAGAGACUGCAAGAUAAAAGUAAGUAAUAAUUUUAAAAUCAUUAAUCUAGGUUGCUAAUGUAAGAGGUUUGGGUUUUAUACAAGCAUAGGCGUACUUUUCUAGAAAUAUAUACCGUAUUUUUCGCUCUAUAAGACACACUUUUCCCCUCCUAAAAAGUAAGGGGAAAUGUGUGUGCGUCUUAUGGGGUGAAUGCAGGCUGUGCAGUUAUCACUGAAGCCAGGAGAGCAAGAGGGAUCGGUGCGCAGUGAUCCUUCUUGCUGUUCUGACUUCGCUUCGCUGGAGAGGCGCUGCGCAGAGAGAGAAAGCUGUGCAGUGCCCCUUCAGCGAAGCGGGAGGAGAAACAGAGCCCCAUCCAUUUCUCCUCCCGCUUUGCUGGAGAGGCACUGAGCAGAGAGGGAGAGAUUUUUUUUUUCUUGUUCUCCUCCUCUAAAACUAGGUGCGUCUUAUAGAGCGAAAAAUACGGUACAGAGUUUCUUUCCUUCUCAGUUCCAGCGGUUGCUCAAUUUUCUUUCAUUGACAUUUGAGAAAAUGUAUUUCACAAACGAAAGGUGUGUAAGCUGCCCGUCAUGAAGGCUUUUUUUUUUUAAUAAAAAAAAUUGACAUACAAUUUUAGGUCCAUAUCUGGACUCAAGCAGCUUUCAGGCUGUUGAAGGAAUUGAAGCGAAGCUCUUGCUCAGGUCAAAAAUCACCUCGCUAGCAUUCCUACAUGCACAUUAGUCGAAAUGCGGUUCCAUCCCUCCUCUUCCUGCCCCCUCCCCACACAUCUUUCCUUCUAGGAGGAAGGGAUCCGUAUGAGAUGCUUCGCGAAAGUGGUAAACGUUUGAAGUCCCUCCACGGGCUUCUUCAAAUGUUGCUUUCCGCAAUAACCAGGGUAUCGACAAGGAGAAGCAAUUCGGGUUUGCUUUCUGGGGGUCAUAAUUAGACAGAGCUCUGGCUAGCUGGAGGAAGGGGCAGCCCUGUAACCUUCCUUUGUUCAGCUGCUUCUCAACUUGAAUCUCCUGCUUGCUUUAUUGAUCUGCGCUUAGUCAUCUUGUUAGCAGCAGCAGCAGCAGCUCACAUUUCUUAGGCGAUACCGGCAAUACUGAUCAGAAGCAUGCAGAGAGUAUACGGGCAACAAAAAUGCAGAUUAUGUAUAUUUUUACACAGAUUUAAAAACAAAAACAAAAAAACCCAACACCUAACUAUUGUAGAAUGACCACUCUUUUCCCCAAAACCUAGACACUUGCGGGGGUCAGGAUGUUGGUAAAAUAGUCCCUAGUAACUGGCAUUUAGAGGCAUCAGCCAUUGAUACUGGAAGUAACAUGGCUAGUGUGAACAGUAGCCAUAGGAACCAAUUUCUGGAGGCUGAGGUCCCUUCACACACCCUGAAUAAAAUAUUUGAGGGGCUGUACCCCCCUCCUGGCAUUGCCAGUCAAAUGGUGUGUGUGGUUGAUUGUGUGGGAUGGAGCUUAUCUCCCCCCCCCCCAUAUUUUGUUCAAGUUGACACCCCUGCUAGUAGUCACUGAUAGCCUUAUUAUUAUUAUUAUUAUUAUUAUUAUUAUUAUUAUUAUUUAUACCCCGCCCUCCCCGGUCAGAUCGGCUAACUCCAGUAAAAUUACAAUAGAAACAUAAUAAGGGGGGGACCCAAUUUAAAAUACAGUUUAAAAUGCAAUUUUAAAAUGCAGCCUCAUUUCAAAAGUAGCCCAUAGAUCAAAAACAAAAGGGGAGGGAAGACAUAAGGGUCAGACCAAGUCCAAACCAAAGGCCAGGCAGAACAGCUCUGUCUUGCAGGCCCUGUGGAAAGAUGUCAGGUCCCGCAGGGCCCUAGUCUCUUGUGACAGAGCGUUCCACCAUGUCGGGGUCAGUACUGAAAAGGCCCUGGCCCUAGUUGAGACCAAUCUAACCACCUUGUGACUUGGGACCUCCAAGGUGUUGUCAUUUGUGGACCUUAAGGUCGUCCGUGGGGCAUACCAGGAGAGGCAGUACCCAGUUCCCGGCAGUACCAGGAGAGGUGGUGCCCAUCACUACAUCUUGUGGAAAUGAAUCCCAUAAUUUGAUUAUGCACUAUUCCUUUCAUUUGUCCUUAAUCCCCCACCAUGUAGUUUCACCGGGUGACCCUAGGUACUAGUACUAUGAUAGGGGGAAGAAGUCCUCUCUCCACCCACUGAGAGCCAGUGUGGUGUAGUGGUUAAGAGCAGUAGACUCAUAAUCUGGUAAACAGGGUUCGCUUCCCCGCUCCUCCACAUGCAGCUGCUGGGUGACCUUGGGCUAGUCACACUUCUCUGAAGUCUCCCAGCCUCGCUCACCUCACAGAGUGUUUGUUGUGGGGGAGGAAGGGAAAGGAGGAUGUUAGCCGCUUUGAGACUCCUUAGGGUAGUGAUAAAGUGGGAUAUCAAACCCAAACUCUUCUUUCAGUGAACAGGUGAUCCUCAGACAGCUGAAAUAUUUGUCCUUGCAGCUUUUGCAAGAGAGCUUCAUGCAUGCAGCCCUGGCUGCUGAAUAUGGGAGAGGAACCCUCCCAUAGCUCAAAUACUUUGAUUUUCUAAAACAGCCUUGAUUUUCGGGGGGGGGGGCUCAACAACGUUGGUCCACUCCGGGUGGCGGCAGGGUCGCUACGCUGCUAAGGGCAGGGCCCCGCUGCUCCCCUGUCGUGCCUCUCCUCUGCUGGGCUCUGGUGUGCAAGGGAGCUGUGGCGGCAGCUUCCUAGCAUAACAGCCCAGCACUGCUGGGCUGCCCAUUCCAUCACUGGGGGCAUAACACUUGCCCUGCCCCCAGGCUCUGCCAACCUAUGCUACACCACUGCAUCUGCAACAGCUUUGGGCUGACACAGUUAUCUGAACUCACCUUGUGGCUCUUGUAACCCACUCUUUUCAAAAAAUCCUCCUCUCCUUUCUUGUGACUGCUUCUUCGUACUCUCCAAUUUUAGCCUAGGCUGCCUACUUUCCUAACCUUAUCACUCCACACCGGUCACCACCUACAAACAAAACUGGUCUUGUCUGUCUUCUCCUAACAACCUCCUGUUUGAGCGGACACGAAAUCUUCAAAGAGAGUUUUUGAACUUUGCAAACCAAGCCUGAGAAUUGCCGAGGCUAUUUUUUUCAUUAAUUUAUUUGCAGCAGUGAUAGAAGCACUUCACAGGCAGGCAGGGAGGCAGAGUCCUUUGCUUCAUCAGCAUCGUCGCUCUCUUUUUGCUACUGUUCGUUUUUCCCCAGUGUGGGAAAGGGCACUUUCUUUGUGGGCAAAGCCAUCUUUCCCCCCUCCAUCCAGACCUCCUUUGUACCUUUGGGGUGACAGAGGUUCAUCCCAUUUCUUCCUCUGGGAGAAAGAAACCCAAGAAGCAUCAUUAAUCAUGCAAACCGCCUCCUGCAGCAGUGCCAGCAAAAUGAUCUCCUGUACUCCUCACAUCAAUAUUCUUGACACUUAUCUUAAAAGUUAGGUCAUGCAUAUCCAUCUGCCAUUAAAGAAGUGUCAGUGAGCAAGCAUCCCCUUGCUAUUUUUAGGGUCAUAUCAAAAGAGUUCAUCAACUUUCUGUCAGCUCAUCCAAUUUCUCACAUUUGAUGCUAUCUUCCGGCAUCCUCACUGGUCAUCCUACUCUUUCAAGUUCUCUCCAUCCUGGUUCUUCCUUUGGAAACCACAGUCCCUUUGUACAAGAAAGAUAUUUGAUAUUGUGUCAGAUUGUGUUUGGUUAUGAGAUGCUAAUUCUGUUUCUCUGGUUUCAGUUUCUGAAAAUGUCCUUUCUUUCCUCGUGCUGGAAAACAGGGCCAGUGGUUUAAAUAAAUGUACACUCAGGGAUUUUGAGAAGUAUUUGCUGUUGCUGUUGUUUUGCUUCUUCACACCAGUUAGAGACAAAUACCCUGAUCCAGAGAUCUGUAGUCAAUCAGAUACAUAAAUCCAUUGCAAAUACAGGUGGCCUUAUUUAUUCAAGGAAGCAAAUAUGGACAGUGAAACCUUUGCAGUUUGGAGACCCCAUUUGUUUAUUGGAGCCCCUGCACUUGUGAGAAAUGGCUGCUGUUGUUGAUUUCCAAUAACUGCGAUAUCCCCGUGUUUAGUGGCACCAGCUGUGGUAACACCUGCCUCUCGAUAUCAGUUGCUGAGGAGCACAAGUAGGGAGAGGGAGUCUGUGCUCAUGACCUGCUUGUGGCUUCCCAUAGAACUCUGGUGAAUCAUUAAAUUGUAGAGUUGGAAGGGACCCUCAUGAUCAUCUAGUCCACCCCUGCAAUGAAUGCAGGAAUAUGCAGCUGUCCCACACAGGGAUCGAACCUGCGACUUUGGUGUUGCCAGCACCAUGCUCUAACCAACUGAGCUAUCCAAGUGUGCCACUGUGGGAAAUGGGAAGGUGCACUUUUGGUCUGAUCUAGCAAGAUUAUACUUAUGUAGAAUCUCCUCUCAGCAUAUAAUAGGGGGGUGCAGCAGUCUCAAGAUUCAACUUGUUCUCUGUAGCCAUACAAAUUCUGUUGCAGAUAUUAAUACUGUGCAGUUUGAAGUGGUUGGAAGCAUAAGAACUGCUGCCUUUUGGGAAGAUAUCCUUCUCCAGGCCCAUUAAAAUAUUAUUCAACGUUUACUAGCAGAGCUCUUCAGAAUAAAACAGAAACAUCAAAUGAUUCAUCCAAAAAUAUCCAUCCAUUGUCUUGUGCUGUCCAGCGCAGGCUCAGCAUCUUAGAAAAUAUGAAAUAAUUCCAACAGACCUAGAAGCAGAGGUCUGUCUCUCCCCCCCCCCACAGCAUCCAUUUUAGCCUGGAUCUGUUUUCUCUCACACAGUCAAAGAGGAUCUUUUACAUGUCCUUACUUCACAGAGCUUUGAGACAAAAGACACAAAGGCAACUCCCAACAAAAUGGAGGUUUGCAACCCAAUACCUUCAUCACAUGAUCAAAGGUUCACUCUCAGCACAGAGUAGAGAAACAACCAACAGGUAAUCAUUAACUCAUUUAGGAGCUUAGAGUCCCUUAGAAAAACUACUGUGGGGAAACCCCAAUGUUUGUAAUAAACAAUUAGCCAUUUUCCAUACACAUACAUUUUCCAUUUCUGUGUGAAUUACCGCAUUUUUCGCUCUAUAAGACGCACCAGACCACAAGACGCACCUAGUUUUUAGAGGAGGAAAACAAGGAAAAAAAUGUUCUGAAUGUCAGAAGCCAGAACAGCAAGAGGGAUCACUGUGCAGUGAAAGCAGCAAUCCCUAUUGCUGUUCUGGCUUCUAGGAUAGCUGUGCAGCCUGCAUUCGCUCCAUAAGACACACACACAUUUCCCCUUACUUUUUUGGGAGGGAAAAAGUGAGUCUUAUAGAGCAAAAAAUACGGUAAAUCAAUUAUACUUAACAAAUUCCUGAACAACUUAGGCUCAGGGUAUCUUAGGAACCACCUAAACCCUCACACCCCAGCCCAAUCACUGAGGUCAUCUACAGGAGUGAUGUUGGUUGUCUCCCAAGUUGGCAAGGCUUAUAUGACAGCGAAAAGAAACUGAGCCUUUAGUGUCAUUGACCCAGCCUUGUGGAAUGCUCUGCCAGCAGAAAUCCAGCAGGUGCCUUUUAUUUCAAUCUUUAAAUGCCUGCUGAAAACUUGUAGGCAAUUAAGAAAGCGUAUUUCCAUGUUAGUUAGCUGAUGGUCACUGAUUUUACACACACACCCUUUCAAAAAUUACAUAUAGAUAUUGUUGUAAACCACUUUUAUAUAUUUUAUGAUAUUUGUUGUUUAGUCGUUUAGUCGUGUCCGACUCUUCGUGACCCCAUGGACCAGAGCACGCCAGGCACUCCUGUCUUCCACUGCCUCUCGCAGUUUGGUCAGACUCAUGUUGGUAGCUUUGAGAACACUGUCCAACCAUCUCGUCUUCUGUCGUCCCCUUCUCCUUGUGCCCUCCAUCUUUCCCAACAUCAGCGUCUUUUCCAGGGAGUCUUCUCUUCUCAUGAGGUGGCCAAAGUAUUGGAGCCUCAGCUUCACGGUCUGUCCUUCCAGUGAGCAUUCAGGGCUGAUUUCCUUAACAAUGGAUAGGUUUGAUCUUCUUGCAGUCCAUGGGACUCUCAAGAGUCUCCUCCAGCACCAUAAUUCAAAAGCAUCAAUUCUUUGGCGAUCAGCCUUCUUUAUGGUCCAGCUCUCACUUCCAUACAUCACUACUGGGAAAACCAUGGCUUUAUUUUAUGAUAUAGCAGCAUAUAAAUAUUUAUAAAUAAAGUGUCAGGCCCACCCACUCCUCCCUCGCUUUCCUUCCUUUGCAUGCCAGGUUACACCUGUUACGCCAAUUGUUAUCUUAAACUACAGAUCAUGGUUAUGUCUGGUAUGGAGCCUUCUGAUUUCAUGCUUGAUCCUGGCUAGUAACCAACAUUAAACCACUGUAAAAGUGCAGUUUAAGCUAACUGGUGUGCAAAGGGAGGGGUUGGAAAGAAAACAGGCCCAUCACUUUUUCCUAGUUUGCUGGGGAUAUUGUACACAAACUGGGUUGUAUUAUUAUUAUUAUUUCCUCCUACCCUUGGAAACAAUGAACAAUAUCAUGCCCAUUUUUCUUAAUGUUCUGCAGAAAUACAGAAAGGAGUAGGAAUUGAAGAGUGACUUCUGGAGCAGCUUCUUGCCCCUUUUUGAGGGCAAAUUCCUGCCCUCAAAUGGAAAGUCUGUCCAAAGUGGAGGUGGGAGAUCAAUGCAACUCUAAUAGUUAGUGAAAUGAAUCUGACCUCUGUCCUUUCUUAGGUCGUCCACAAAGAUCCUAUAAUGUGCUUCAAAGUUGAAUUGUAAAUAUUGAUUUAUGUUACGGAUUACCUCUAUCCAUUUUCUGUGAAAUCCUCAGGUCAUGCAGUUUUGCUCUCUGUGCUCUGUUUGGCAUCUGAGGUACAGCCAUCCAUCAAAAUGACAAGCCUGAGCUUGCCACUGAUAGCCAGAGCUUCAGUGCCAUAAUAUGUCCUACACGUAAGCACAUUAUUAUGAUUGCAGUUGUUUUAUAAUUAUUGCCAUUAUAUUUGUUAAUAUUAUUUUGUGUAUGUCCCUUUUUUUGGAGGGGGGGAAGCAUUGUUCUUGCAGUGAUUAUUGUGGAAGUUGCAGCAGAAUAAAUCUGUUUACGCAAGAAACGAAAGGAGGAAGAACCCUUCAUAUGCAAAUAUAUGGCAUUUGAAAAUGUCAUAUAGCUUCAUCUACAUAUAAAUAAGCUGUUUUCCCGAUUCUGCAGCAGCCGGGCUGUUUUGAUACAGAAAUUAGAUAAUGUUAUAUAAAAAGUUAAACCAGUGGGGUAUUGUUGGGCAGAAUCGUGGAACCUUAUUUCCUAAAGUCAAAGUCACCUAACCGAGUUAGCUAUGGCUGCUGUAUGGAUUACACGGACGGGCAGGGAAUUUUGCAGCAUGGACCUUAAAGCCUAACUCGUGUUCCAUUCAUAUUUUUACAUGUGUAACGAUGCUGUCAAAAUCUUUGGGAAUUAUCCCUCCUUAUGUCAGCACCAAAGGAAUCAGCCUUAUAUUGCAAACACAGUGCAUGAAUCAAUUUGAGCACUGAUGUUUUCCAGACCUGAGAGAGCUCAUGCAGAUGAUUCCCAAAUGAAGAUAAGCUUACAAAGGGAUUGCCUGAAUUUGUCAGAGUUUGUUAAGCUUUCCCUAGCAAACUUCAUAUAUGACAGACUGGUGAACUGAGUCUUGAUUACAAAGGUUUGCUGGGGAGUGAGCUACACAUUAGACCAAGUGUGCGAACCAGGAAUCCUUAUAUGUCUCAGUUCAAAUCUCACGUCAGUUGCAGACUACCUUAGGUGGCCUUGGGGGAAAACCAUGAUGUCUCUUCCUCAGCCUCUGUCUAUAAAAUAGGGAUAAAAACACAUCCUGUCUUGUUAUAAUAAUUAUUAAGAUCUGUUCUGGAUGUUCAAAAGCGCUUUUGGUUGAAUCCUCGAAGAAGGAAAAUCUCCUGUGAGUGGAACUCCCCAACUGUGAAUAGCAUGGUCAGUUUGGACUCAGCACAAUUAGGGUUGGUGCAAAAUUUGAUGAAGUUCACAUAUAGAGGUGAACUUGCCUAAUUCACACUUUCUGAAACAAUGUGUAAACUGGAAAAAUCCAUCCUUCAAAAUCUGCACUUCUUUGAAUUUUGCAAAGUGGUUCUCCAAUACAAUAAUUGUUAAGAGAAUGCCCUGAUGAUUUUCAGAUUAUUCUCAUGUACUGGGUGAGCAGGUAUUUUCCAAGUAUAAAUUGGCCCUUCUGAUAGCCACUUCACCCAAGACAUUUCCCAUAUGUCUAAUUUGGAACAUGUGGCGGCUGCUGUUGUAAGGAGAGGUGAGACAAUGCUCACUUUAAAUGUUCACAAAUGCCGCCCAUCAUUCCUUCUAACUGUGAACUUGGGUUGUAUGUAGCAUCGAGAUUAUAGCCACAGAUUAUAGCAACUGAGAAACAAGAGGUUAGUAUUGAUGUGGCUGGUGAAUAUUAGGGAGGGGGGUGAAGGCAGCUGAAAGGGUCACCUGGGUAGAACUUAACAGGGGCUCCCUCAAACCUGGCACCAGCUCUGAACUUCACUUUCUAUGAAGCACCUAGUGGACAGAAGCAUUAAAAACAUUCAUAAUGAAUUUAAUUCAACUCUAUGGCCAAAAUAAGUGAAAACAAACAGUUGGGGGGGUGUUUUUGUUUUCUCUCACACAUCUUGUUGGGAGAGUUAACUGGAACCCCUUUUAAAAAUAAAAUAAAAUGACUGUCAUAAAGUAAUAUAAAGCUGUUCUGGCCUGACACAGAAAAAGUUCAUUAUCGGUCCACUAAGGCUCUUUGAUGGCAUUCUGGCUGAAGGCCAUUAAACACAUUAUGUAGCCUAUUCCAUUUCCUUUGUUUUGGUUUUUGGAUAGCAGAGAGCAGAUCACUCUCCUUCCUGAUAAGAAGAAAUACCUUGCCCACCUUCUCAAUAACAUGUUUAAACAUUACAAGGAAAGGCUUACCCAUACAAAUGCACAGAAUAAUGUUCUGGUGUACUAAAAUGCCUGCAAGUGGUUAAAAGAUAGAAAAGGAGGGUGUUUCUAAUGAAGGCGCCAUUUUCGUUACGGGGAGAAAUGGACCAGGCGAGGAAGGAGAAUUCUAAAGAACAGAACUUUUCUAUAAACAAAUGCCCAUUGGUGGUGGGAGCAUUGUAUCAUAUAUAUAUAUAUAUAUAUAUAUAUAUAUAUAUAUAUGCGCGUGCAGGAGUGAGUUCUUUGGAAAUGAAUAUGCCACAUUGUACUGGAAUUAGAAGCCUCUUGAGGAAAAUAUUGCCGUCCAAAUUUAGAAUGAACCAAGGAUGCUUCUUGGAUUGCACUGUAAAAUAAGAGCCCCUUCAGGCAUUCAGUGAAACUUGUGAGGGCAUUAAGUGUGCAAAGGGUGCGAGGACGUGUGUAUCACCCUUGCCCCUCAUGUCCCUGAAUGUGCCAGCCCCACCCACUCUAUUCCCAACUCUUCUGUGCCCUGCAGGAAACCCUGAUUCCUAGUCCUGAAGAGGCUUCUCAGCCUGUUCAACCAAAUGAGCUUAGAAGCCCCCUCCAGAUCUAUCCUCUCAACACAGGAAGGUUGGGGUGGAGUGGGCAAGACCAUUGGAGGCAGAGCAAAUGGGGGUGCUCCUAUUUCCAUUACGUCCUUUAUGCCCUCACACUUUAACAGGUCUAUGAACAGCAACCUAAGUGGGCAGGGAGUUAAUGAUGAGGAACAUUCGAGAGAGACCGUAAUACUGUGGUGUGCAAUCCUAUCCAUGCUUACCUGAUAAUCCCCAUUGAAUUCAGUUACCUCCUACUGGAUUGUGCUGUAAAUCUCGAAAUUAUUAGCAGCACUAAAAAGCAGUUGCUAAUUAUUAAGAAAGUGAUGUCUAUGGUUGUACUUCAAUACACGGCUUGAAGCCAGGCGAAUCUCUAGAGGAUGGAUUUGAUUCAUUAUCUGUUCAAAUGUCUCUUCUAGAUGAAACAAAUGGUAUUAGCUGGAUCAAGUAUUAAUGAAAGUUAAGAAGACCAGCAAUACAUUGUCGCCUAGCAAAAUGGAAGAACUAUAAAGCUGUAUCAAGCUUUAGCUUCCUAUAAAUAUUUUGAAAGGGAAAUAUUUGAAUGCAAAAUAUUUAAGGUAAAGGAUAGGGGAGAUCUCUCAAAAGUGGCAUCACUUGCCUCCUGAAAUAUCUGGGUUGAUGGAUUUGCACACAUCAUGCAAUAUUUCCUUGCUUCAGAAUUGAUCACUAAGUAUUUCUCAGCUGAACGUGCAAAUUCUCCCGAUUGUCAUUUGGUGCAAAAGCUGUACUUGAUCGGCGUUGCACAUGCAGGCCACUUCUUGAUGCUGGGGUCAUGGGCUGUUGCGUCUGCAUGUGUGAACGUGCACUUAAUGUCACUGUUGAACAACUAUUUAUUCUUUAUUUGUUUAUUUAUUAAAUAUAUUUAUUACCCGCCCAUCAGUAGGGAGAAUUAGUUGGCUCUGCUGUCAUUGGUUGUGGUCUAAACCACUGAGCCUCUUGGGCUUGCCGAUCAGAAAGUUGGUGGUUCGAAUCCCUGUGACGGGGUGAGAUCCCAUUGCUCUGUCCCAGCUCCUGCCAACCUAGCAGUUCGAAAGCAUGCCACUGCAAGUAGAUAAAUAGGUACUGCAGCGGUGGGAAGGUAAACGGCGUUUCUGUGUGCUCUGGUGUACAUCAUGGUGUUCCGUUGCACCAGAAGCGGUUUAGUCAUGCUGGCCACAUACCUGGAAAGCUGUCUGUGGACAAACGCCAGCUCCUUGGAUUGAAAGUGAGAUGAGCGCCACAAUCCCAUAGUCACCUUUGACUUGACUUAACCAUCCAGGAGUCCUUUACCUUUUUACCUUUCCCCCAACUGCUUCCUCCUUCCACCCAACCAGUCCUAUGGGUACCAGCUGCCACCGGCAUUAGGCACCCAUCUAAAGAAGGUCCUUUUGCACCCCAACCUACAAAAGCUGUUUUACUUUCUCUUUGGCAAGCUCCAUUUUAGCACUGCUGUCGUCAUUUUCCCUCUACCUGUUCAUCGGGUUAAUAACUUAAUCAUGAUUAGAAAAGAGGCUGCUUUGGCUUCAAAAUCCAAAGCCAAGAUAUUAGCUAACAUGUUGGAAAAAGGAGAGAAUUUAGAUAAAGCUGUUUUUACAGAGAGACAUGUUUUAGUGCGAGAUUUUGAGGCUUCUGUGCUAGUUCCGUAUGAAUUUGGUUUGAGCAAAGGACAAAAAAAAAAACUACUACUACUCUUACCUCAAAAAUGUGAAAAUAAUUCCUUCCUGUCUAAUAAGACUUUGGAGAGUUUGGCAUUUGAAGAUGAGUUGUCAAGCACAAUGAAUCCACAAUUUGAUUAAUGUUGAAAUCAUAUUCUGUAACAUUGCUGGAUGAAUAAUUAUAAUAUUGUGACAGAAAAAAAAUAAGCAGUUUCAUUUUUAGCCUGGCUUUUUACAGACGUUACAGCAAUAGUCCUCAGUCUAAUAGUUACCGUAAUACAGAAUGUCUACGGAAUGUGUUUUUCUGAAUGACCAGAUUACAUCGGUGGGAGGGAAUUUGUCAUGGCUUUUGGUUGAAAUAAUAAAAUUGAGUGGGUGAGGCUGCAGUCCUAUGUCUGCUUAGCUCUCACUCAGAUAGCCAGCAUUGACAGCUUUGACAGUCCCAGUUGCCCUUGAGAAGAAGGAGAAAGAGUGACUUGAUGAGCUUCUUUAGUCCAGUAUGUGUUCAACAUGAAAGGUGAAAAUUAGACUGUAUCUACUACACAUGCUGCAGAAUGAGGUGGAAGACUGGCAGGAUCAAAACAAAACAAAGACACCUCUCUGCAAAUUGAAAACAGGAAAAGCAAAUUCUAGCCUCGCCUGCUAUGUGUUGGUCUUCUGUUUGUGAGUCAAGGACCCGCCACCCGCUUAGGGAUAAAUAAGACACAAGGACGCAUGUAUUUUAGGUUAAUGGGCUAAAGAAGGCCACAACUUUAUUAGUUACAGCAUGUGAGUGGUAUUGGCUUAGGCAUUGGAUCAAGCAAACUAUAUAUGACUCCACCCCGUGCAGCAGGGGGUCAUUUGAAGGUUAACAACCAGUGGGAGGAGCUUGUUGAUGCAAAUACAACUGAAGCUUCCCCAGAUAUCACCAGGGGCCAUGCCAUGGCCCUAGCCACCAGCAGGGCAUCGGACAGGAUCCAUGACCACGGGAUUCCUUUAACGGAAUACCCAAGAAGGGGAGGGGUAGGUGAUGGCCACAACCUGCCCUCCAACACACGACACAUAUUCCAAUGCCUAACCGCCAGUACCUGAAAAGCUGUGACGAUUUGCUAUGAGGUAGGCAAAAAACCAAGAGGCUUGUGCCAAUUUGCCAUGUGGAUAAAAAUUCCUACCAGGCCCCCUGGGCAACCAGGGCAACCAACCAAAGUCCAUAGCAAGGUCAAAAGCAUAAAGAUGACCUAAAGGGAGGGCAGGCGAGUGAUCCAACGACUCCAGGCAGCAGAAUGGGGACACAGGGCUGCCGCGGCUGCUUGAAUGCGGCUAAACCCCGCCCCUAAGCCAGCCCUAUUGGCAGCACCCGGGGAACUGACGCAGGGGGCCGAAUAUGCCCCCCUGCCAACGGAGGAACGGCUCCCGCUCACAACACCUCCCCUCUGGUAGGAGGAGAGGCUUUCAAGGAAAUUUUCAACCACAAAGGAGCAUAUCCCCCCCCCCCCACAAUCUGAAGUGCAGGACCAACCCACCCAUGAGGCAAGGUGAGGCAAUUGCCUCAGGCGGCAUGUUCCAGUGGGGAAGCAGAUCCUGUUAUCAAUUUUUUCUUACCCCCUUGUUCCUGAUGUAGCUCUUCCUUCACUCCUUCUUCACUGGUAGGGAGGAGAACGUCAUUUUGGGUUCUACCACAGAUGCCAAAAUGUCUUUGGCCAGUCCUGCUGAAGUGGUGUGGUCCAUUUCACAAGCUCCACAUUCUAGCAUCUCAUUCUCCUACAUUCUGCUACAGUUGUAAUGUAAUUUUCAUCUGCUAUGGACUCUGGCGCUCAUAAUGCUUUGAGCAUGUUUUAGGGUCUUCUGUUCAACUGAUACUGUUUUGUAUUAUUUUAUAUGUUGUGAGUAUUGUAUUAUUUGUGAGUAUUGUAUUAUUUUAUAUGUGGUGCCCGGUACCUUUCAAGGGGGUACCGGUACCUUUCAAGUGGGGGUGGUCCACCCGGGGUGUCAUGCCUAGGGGUGGUGACAAACUCCCCCUAAGCGGAUUGGCGUGGCGGUGCUCGCACCCCCGAUGGGUGGGUUUUCCUGAUUUGCACGAUCGUCGUUGUGAAAAUCCGCCCACUGAUCACGCAAAUACGCCUGGCGAUCAGCCUGUCACCCACCGGCGGGUGGCAUUCACACAGCCUGGCGGGCGGCACUCGCAUCCCCAGCAGGCGGUCUUAUGUGAUUGGCAGCCAUAUUUUCGCAUUCUGCAGGAGGUGCUGGCAUCCCUGACUGUCAGCGCCGCACGCCGGGUGUAUUUGUGCAAUCCAUGGGCAGAUUGUCCUGACAAUUGUGCCAAUCGUGGAUGCGAGUGCCGGCCGCCGGAGGGUCCCAGCUCGAUGGUCGUAUUUUCACGAUUGGCGGGCAUAUCUGUUUUGUGACCAUCCCUCCCAUUAAAAACGUCAGCAACUAUGGGGUAAAGGUAAAGGGUAAAGGGACCCCUGACCAUUAGGUCCAGUUGUGACUGACUCUGGGUUGCGGCGCUCAUCUUGCUUUAUUGGCCGAGGGAGCCGGCAUACAGCUUCCAGAUCAUGUGGCCAGCAUGACUAAGCCGCUUCUGGCGAACCAGAGCAGCGCACGGAAACUUACCUUCCCGCCGGAGCGGUACCUAUUUAUCUACUUGCACCUUGAUGUGCUUUCGAACUGCUAGGUUGGCAGGAGCAGGGACCGAGCAACGGGAGCUCACUCCGUCGUGGGGAUUCGAACCGCCGACCUUCUGAUCGACAAGUUCUAGGCUCUGUGGUUUAACCCACAGCGCCACCCACGUCCCGUCAACUAUGGGGUACCUUCCCUAAAAAAAGAAGCUCAACAACUCUGGGCAACCUUCCCAAAAAUUGCAAUGUGGGGGCUUGACAAAUUUUUUCACAGCGGCUACCACCUGACCUUGCUAUGCCUCUGAGUGGGAAUGAAAGAGAAAUCUGAUUCAGUUCGCAUUUAAAGGGGAAACUACUUAAUUUGGCGCUUUCGAAAACCGUAAGAGAACCAAAGAACACAGCCAUCCUUUGAAAAAUCACACUUCUCUGAAUUUUGCAAUGCAGUUCUCAAACCAAGUAAUGUGUUCAAAAUGCAUUUGGUGUGCAUAAAGAUGCAUGAGUUAAUGAAAAUACCAUAGAAAAAUACCUCACUUUAAAGACAAUUGCUUUGCAAAAAUGCAUGUAUUAGGCAAGUUUGCAUGCAAAUGUGUAUAUUAGGAGAAAUGUGCACUAAAAUGCUGGUGAGUUUAGGACUUUUUAAAAAAUUGCAAGCUGGUGUGGAAAUGCGGAGAACUGUACUGAAGGCUGGGAAAAUGAGAAAGUGGAUCUUCCCCUAAUUAUGAGCAACUUUGAGGAUUCUCCAUAAUAACAUAGGAUAUUAUUCUUUAACAUAAUCAAUACUAGGCCAGGCAAGCCAAAGAGCAGCUGGAUAUAGAACUGUCCGUAUGAUCUUUUCAUAUCCUUAUCUUUUACUCAUGUGUGUCUUUUAACCACUUUAGCUUGAGGGCUACAUAACUUGGAACCAACUUUAACUAAAAUAAAACACCUCACAUCCACAAUAUCCCACAGUCCCAGGGAUUGUUAUCAGCAGAACUGUAACUGAGGUACUCUCAAAAUCUUCAGUGAAGAAAUAUAUAUAUAACACCAGAUUUUCAAAUUAUGCUGGAAGCCUCUGUCAGGAGAGGAGUGCUACAAUAUAUAUAGUUAGCUCUCCUCAAAUGCCAGCGGCUCUGAACAAGAGCGAAAAAGUGAAGUUUAAGUAUGUGUGGUGGGCUGUCACUCUCUUUUAGGCUGAAAUGCAUUUUUAUGAUCUUAGGAAUGCUCUGCCUGAAAAUCGUACAUGUUCAAACUUCAGAAUAACAGCCUAACAACUUUUUAAAAAAGAUUUCUCCUUGAAAUUGUAUUUUUGAAUCAAAUGGAUUGGACAUUAUCCUUUUAGAAAUUACUGUCUUUAGGCUUCUGCACAUACCCAAACACAGUUCCUAAGAUUAUCUGGUGGGGGGUAUUAUUUGAAUGCCUUUGGGCUCAUUACCUAAAGGAGUGCCUCUCCUGAUACACAGAUCUCCCUAUGCUUUGAGAUCCACUGGAAAGGCCCUUCUGGUAAGCAUUGAACGUACUGUUGUUCAAGGGUCUGUGACACCACAGGGCCUUCUCAGCAAUGGCACCUCAAUUUUGGAAUAUGCUUCCCCCUAGGGCACAACUGGAGCCAAUACUGUCCAUCUUUUGGCAGCAGCUGGCUACCUUCUGUUGAAGUAAGAGUAGUGAAAAUGCAGCUAGGAAGCUCAAAUCAUAUAUGUGACUGACACCCUUCUUUGGAAAUUAAACCAGUGUCCAGACUUUAACAUCCAAAAACUUUACUUGCAGAAACUUGUAGUUCUAGGUGUAUUAAAACAUAUUAUUUACAAUCACAUGCUUCCCCAAGUAUGGGUUUACAGUCUCUUCUUCUAACUUUCAAACAACUGUAUUUCCCUCUCUGUCCAGAGCUCAGCCUUCUAUAUCUCAGUUAGGCCACGUCUUGCAGCUCCUGUGAGAGAUUUCCACUUUCACCUUCUCCUGAAUCUUUGCUCUCUUUCUCUCAAGCACAGAAGAAGCAUCCCAACACUCUAUUCAACUUAGCAGUGUUCACAGUGGAUUCCAAACACAGUCAUCUUGCUUCACAUAAAAUGGAGUCUCUCUCCUUCACUAGAUACAUUCCAUACGGCCGACAUUACUCAAUCACAUGAGAACUACUAGAGAAUGCUCUAGAAUUCAGUUGCCAACCAAUCAAUUUCAAGCACAUAGCAAUGCAUACAAGCAUUUACAAUUUCAGUGAAUUAAAUUACUAUACUUAACACCUUCCUCUUCCUUCAACCCUUUGAAUAUCCUAAGGGGGAAUGACCUGUACAGCAAUAAUGGAGCCAGCUUUUUUUUUAAUUGAACCAUGUACUGUGUUUCUAACUUUCUGACUGGUUUACAUGUUUUCAAUUGUUCUGAACCACCCUGGGGCCUUUUGACAAAGGUCAAGAUAUAAAUCAUGUAAAAUAAAACAAAAUUAAAUUAAAUGGAGGACUGGAAUGGGGUUCCAGCCAGUGAUUGUAGUGUACGUGUAGACUUGUGGGAGGGGGCAUAUAUUGAAAUAUUAUGGACCAAUGCUUUACUAUCUUAAAUCAACCUUUAAUUGUGCCCCAGUUUUGAGAGGCACUCCAGUUUUCUCUGCAUAUGUGCUUUUAGCCCUCAUUGACCCAUUAAUAAGUUGGGUUGUUGCAUUUUGAACAGUCUUCAAAGGCACAGAAUGAGUGACAGCAGAGCAGCCCGAUGAUGACCAAGGCAUUUAUCAUGGUGCCUAGGGAUCAUUCUCUAGGUGUGAGCUGAUAAAAUGUACUCCAGGACACAGCUUCUCCCUGUGAUUCCUGGAAUCACAUCCAGGUCUCCAAAGCAUGCCCAAACUGCAUCUCUGCUCCUUUGUGGGAGGGAGAGUGUGACCCCAUUCAGAACAGGAGAAAUACCAGCUCCCACCAGGAACAUAUUUUCAGUUUAUUCACCCACAUCCAGUCCACCAUUCACUCUAGCCAUGGAACGGAGGAACAAUAAUCAGGCUCCGUAUUCUGCUACCUACCAAAUGCAAUGUAUUAAUUCACAUUCAAUCAGGGUUUCCCCCCACCCUCAAAAUAACAUGAAGCAGAUUGGGUCAGUCUCUUGAGCCAAACAGAGCUUUGCAGUCAAAGCUUUGGCUUCAUGGUUAAAACUAAAACCUUUGAACACUUGGCUUGUCUGUUUGUUAGGGUGCCUGCAUAGAUGCAGCACCUACCCUGCACACAUAUAGCCACACUGAUGAUGCCAUGCCUAUGUAGAAAGGACAGAUUCAGGUAUCUACAAACAUAGAUCAGCAUGGAAUGCUACUAUUCACUGUCAUUCUGUAGAACAGAUGUGGAUGUAGAUCUGCAGCUAGACGGAAAUUUAUUAAAAUACGUAUAUUCAGUAUUAGUUAGAGGAGCCCUGUUGAAAUUGUUAUACAUGACUGACUUAAGCCCAUUAGCUUCAAUGGGUCUACUCUGAGUAUAACUUGGAUACAGGCCAUGGUGUCACCUUAUCAGAGUGCAAGACAAUACACCUUACUUUAGAUACAAGACAAUUCGGGAGCUGGUGCCUAGCUGCAUGCAAUUAUAUCUGGACUGGGGCCAAAGUUUAUCAGAGUUUCACCAUAUCUCAUAAUUUCUCUGGAAUUUCCUAACAUUGCGUGAACUUGAGCUUUCAUGGUGUUCAGGAUCAUCAUCUGGCUCCAGGGACAAGUGAAAAUUGCAGAUCACACUUCGAAAUGAGGCUUUCAAUGAGACUCUAGCUUUUCACUUGAUAAGAUAAAGAAAGGGAAAUCUUAGGACUCAGUAGUUGAUUGCUGUGGAAGAGGCUCUAAUCAGAAAAGGGAUGGGAGAGAGUUUAUUUCUAAAAUCCAUCAUGUUCUCUCCUGUACAGAUUAUAAGAUACAGCAUCAUAAAAAGCAUUAGUAAAAACGUGGGCUGUUUCAUUUCUGAACCUGUCAGAUAUCCAUAGUAGAAUGUACUACACAACUUUUAGAAGACAUCUGAAAGCAGCCCUGUAUCAGGAAGUUUUUAAUGUUUGGCAUUUUAUUAUGCUUUUAUAUGUGUUGGAAACACAUGCCAGCAUUUCUGGGCAUAUUAUUAUUACUACUACUACUACUACUACUACUACUACUACUGAAGUGAAGGCCCAAGACAGGUGUUGAUCAUCAUGUGAGCUGCGCACAGGUGGGCUGAAGCGAGAUGCUGCCAUUCCUGUGGAGCCUCCUUUUAUUGAGACAAAUAUGCAAGCCAGGCAAAUACAUUUUUGGGCUGUGACCUUUACACAUAUUCCAUCCCAAGAUCGUGGGGUGGUACAAAGAUAUUUUGGCACCUGUUUCCACAGCGUCAUUUUCCCCUUGCACAGUGUAUGACGAAGGAGACAGAAGGUCUCAGGGACAAAGGUUACAGACAGGACACCGCUGACUGCUGAGAACGCAAAAGGUCAGACGUAGGGGACGAUGUUCCGACAGCCGUGGCUUGUCUGAGGGGGGGUUUUCCCUGCACCCCAGGGUCACGCGUGCAGGCAGACUGUGACUGCCUGCUGGUGGGGAGUGUGCUCCCUCCGGACCUCACUCUCCACUCCGCGAUAUCCCUACAACUACUUAUAGAAGGUUAGAAUAUACUUCCUGUCACUUAGGGCCAGCCUAGCUAUUAGGCAGAGUGAGGCAGCUGCCUCAAGUGGCAACUGUUGAUGGUGUUGGCUGUUCCCCUCUGGUGGAAGAUACAGCUAAGCUUUGCUUGCAGUUCAGUGUUGGAAUGAGAUUCAACUGCUAGACUUUGUCGGCUUCUGCAUGUGAAUUUGGCAGGACAGAUCUUGUCCUUUGCCUCAGACAAGCGAGAUGAGCGCCACAACCCCAGUCACCUUUGACUGGACCUAACUGUCCAGGGGUCCUUUACCUUUUACCCUUUUACCUAAUGCUCAGGAGUAAUGAAAGAUGUAGUUCAGAAAUAUCUGGAGGGCCACAUGUUCACCAUUUACACCUUAGAAAAGGCAUAACAGAACAAUGCAGUUUCAUGUACAUGUAACAGAAUACAAAUGAGCUGAUUGCCAAGUCCACAUUGGGGGUGAAAUCUGCCCUACCUAAGCAUUUUUAUCCCAGAAGAGAGGUUUUGAAAUGUGUUUAUCAAGCAUAAUUGUCAAUUCUAUAUGUUUUUGCAAAAUUAGUAAGGAUGCUGCAGAUGUCUCUUGGAAUUUAAACACAUUACAUCAAUCUAAAUAUUGCAGCCAGAGAACAGUAAAUAUUUUCUGUUGCAUUCACACUCAGUAUUGCUUAAUGCAUAUGCCUGAAUAAAGAAUGAAUCCUCUUUUGACUUAUGAUCUCAUAUUGCCUUAGCAGCUUGGAUUGUAAAGCCAAACCUGCCUUUACAGGCCUCGGACUGUUGCAAUACAGUUGUAUAUUUGAGGAAGGGCCUUAGCUCGGUGAUAGGGAUGCAGGUGGCGCUGUGGGUUAUACCACAGAGCCUAGGACUUGCCGAUCAGAAGGUCGGUGGUUCGAAUCCCUGCGGCGGGGUGAGCUCCCGUUGCUUGGUCCCUGCUCCUGCCAACCUAGCAGCUCGAAAGCACAUUAAAGUGCAAGUAGAUAAAUAGGUACCACUCCGGCGGGAAGAUAAUGGUGUUUCCGUGCGCUGCUCUGGUUCGCCAGAAGCGGCUUAGUCAUGCUGGCUGCAUGACCCGGAAGCUGUACGCCGGCUCCCUCGGCCAGUAAAGCAAAAUGAGCGCCGCAACCCCAGAGUCGGUCACGACUGGACCUAAUGGACAGGGGUCCCUUUACCUUUACCUUAGCUCGGUGAUAGAAGGUCCCCGAUUCGAUCCCUGACAUCUCUGGGUGGAACUGAGAAUGAAAUUGUGGAGAACUGCUGCCUUCCAGAGCAGGCAUAUUUGGGAUAUAUUGACAAAGAAUUCAAACUGACAUAAAGCAGCUAACAAUGUUCUUAUUGAUGUCUUUCCUUAAUUCCAGCGGGAGUGAGCUCUGAAUAUGCUUGACUCUCUCCCCGAAUCAAUGGGUUGUAAAAGGGGAUUACUUUGACAGGCUCAUUCCCAUGAAUUAGAGAUACAGUGGUACCUCAGGUUACAUACGCUUCAGGUUACAUACGAUUCAGGUUACAGACUCCGCUAACCCAGAGAUAUUACCUCGGGUUAAGAACUUUGAUUCAGGAUGAGAACAGAAAUUGGGCGGCAGUGCAGCAGCGGGAGGCCCCAUUAGCUAAAGUGGUACCUCAGGUUAAGAACAGUUUCAGGUUAAGAACAGACCUCCAGAACGAAUUAAGUUCUCAACCCGAGAUACUACUGUACUGUACAAGUUUGCAACCCUCCUCAUGCAUGUUACUUCAUUCUCGGGAAACAUUCAUUUAAAUAUACACACCUUUCUAAAAGUGCUAACCUAUUGCAGUAUAUCCUCUUGCACUUAAAUGAGAGCCUAAAGUAUUUGCUCUUUAAUCAUCACCAUCUGGUUGGGUUUCCCCAGCCACUCUGGGCGGCUCCCAACAGCAUAUUAAAAACACAAUAAAACAUCAAACAUUAAAAACUUCCCUAAAUGGGGCUGCCUUCAGAUGUCUUCUAAAAGUCAGAUAGUUAUUUAUUUCUUUGACAUCUGAUGGGAGGGCUUUCCUCAGGGCGGGCGCCACUACUGAGAAGGCCCUCUGCCAGCUUCCCUGUAACUUAACUUCUUGCAAUGAGGGACUAGCAGCAGGACCUCAGUGUCCAGGCUGAACGAUGGUGGUGGAGACCCUCCUUCAGGUAUACUGGGCCAAGGCGGUUUAGGGCUUUAAAGAUCAGCACCAACACUUUGAAUUGUGCUCGGAGCCAAUGUACCGUAUUUUUUGCACCAUAACACUCACUUUUUUCCUCCUAGAAAGUAAGGGGAAAUGUCUGUGCGUGUUAUGGAGCGAAUGCCUGCGGGUGGCGGGGGGGAUCUGCUACAGUCGUGAGCAGAGGAUCCAUGGUUCCCCUUCCUUCCCUCCUCCAUGGUUACAAAGCAUGGAUCCACAUGGAUCCUCAGGAUUUUUGCAUUGGGCUACUCCAAACUCACUGUCAGAUCACAUGUCUGUGGCCACAGCAUGAACCACAAAAAUCAUAUAUCCACUAUUUUGUUUAGAAUAUUUUUUUUCUUGUUUUCCUCCUCUAAAAACUACGUGCGUGUUAUGGUCUGGUGCGUGUUAUAGAGCGAAAAAUAUGGUAGGUCUUUCAGGACUAGUGUUAUAUGGUCUUGGUGGCCACUCCCAGUCACCAGUCUAGCUGCCGCAUUCUGGAUUAGUUGUAGUUUCCAAGUCACCUUCAAAGCUAGCCCCAAGUAAAGUGCAUUGUAAUAGUCCAAGUGGGACAUAACCAGAGCAUGCACCACUCUGUCAGGACAGUCUGUGAGCAGGUAGCGUCUCAGCUGGUGUACCAAAUGGAGCUGGUAGACAGCUGCCCUGGACACAAAUUGACCUGCACCUCCAUGGAUAGCUGUGAGUCCAAAAUGACUCCGAGACUGUGCACCUGGUCCUUCAAGGGCACAGUUACCACAUUCAGAACCAGGGAGUCCUCCACACUCACCUGCCCCCUGUCCCCCAAAAACAGUACUUCUGCCUUGUCAGCAUGCAAUCUCAAUCUGUUAUGCAGUACACUGAAGCAAAUAUGUCUUUUGUUGUUGUUUCUUCACCAUGCUACACACUUACAGGUUGGUUUUCUUUUUCAUCUGUCUUUACAGAGAAUGCCAACAAACUUGAAGAAAGCGCCAGGGGAAUCUACAUUCCUUGUCCAGAACAUUAUAACGGCUUCUGCAUGCAUGGAAAAUGUGAACACUCUGCUAAUAUGCUGGAACCAUCUUGCAGGUAACACUUUCCCCAAACCGAGCAGCUAAUGAUAAACUGAACAGGCACACUUGCUAACACACGCUAUCUUGAUACAGCAAGGAAAAUAAUAAUUGCCAAGACCCCAUCCACUCUGGAUCUAAAUUAUGUAACGAGGCACCUAAUGAAUGUAGUAAAACUGCGCUAAAUUAUGCAGCGCCAUUAAGCUGUUUAGAAAUGCAUUCCUGCAACGUAUGUUGAUGCAGCCCUUUAAAGGCUCCUAAGAGCACAGGCUUGCUUGCCAGGCAUUAUCCUAGGGCUGCCACACAUUUGGAAUUUCCAAAAAUUGGGUAAAAAUGUCCAUGAAAACCCGGGCGUAUGGCAAACUAUGUUGGAAGAGUUGGUUUUUGGGGCAAAUUUCCAUAAAAAUAGCUCAACAACUUGGGCCCAAAAAUAAGGGGGGGAGCGCAACAACCUUGUCCCUCCCCCCAAAAAAACUCAAUCCUCCCCAAAAAAGCUCAGCAACCCUAAUUAUCUGUUGAUUCCUCACGCUCAGCCAACAGCUACUGUCCCAAGAAACCCAGCAGAACUUGAGAGCUACAACAACCACUGGCCGAGGAAGGGGGAUGCGGUGGGUGCAGUCCCCCUGAGGGGGGGUGACAUUGCCACUGCCCCCGGGAUGCUCGCCACGGGCAGCGCCCCCCUUGGCGGUUCAAAUCCCCGUGAUGGGGUGAGCUCCCAUUGCUCCGUCCCAGCUCCUGCCAACCUAGCAGUUUGAAAGCACACCAGUGCAAGUAGGUAAAUAGGUACCACUCCGGCGGAAAGGUAAACAGUGCUUCCAUGUCCUCUGGCACUCGUCACGGUGUCCAUUGUGCCAGAAGCAGUUUAGUCAUGCUGGCCACAUUACCCGGAAAGCUGUCUGCAGACAAACGCCAGCUCCCUCGGCCUGAAAAGAAAGAUGAGCGCCACAACCCUGUAGUCACCUUUGACUGGACUUAACCAUCCAGGGGUCCUUUAGCAUUUAUUUUACUCAGAGGCAUCCGGCCUCUGGCACCGGAGAUUGCACACAGUGUUUGCAUCUUGUUUUUUAUGUUUAGAAUGAUUGUAAGCAGUCCUGAAAAUUUGAAUGGUGGGCCGGGUAUAAUAAACGAACAAACAAACAUUUCAUUUGCUUAUUAAAGAAAUAAAAAUACCUUUUUCCAACUAGCUUUUUAAAUGGAGACCUUUAUUUCAGUCUGUAUCUGCAUUGGACUUGAAAUCGUCUCUCUGCGUGUGUGAUUGCUGAUCUUUUUAUUGUUAAAUCAUUUGGGGACGUUUUAUGAGAAGCAAAGCAUAAACAGAAUACAUACAUAAAUCAAAUACAUCAACUUCAAAAUGAGAGCAGUUGCCUAGAACAAAUUAAGCUUCUUCCAGGAGGCAUUUCCUACAAAUAUCAGCGUGACACACAUUAAAAUUUUGGUUUUGGUAUAGGAAAUCAUCAUAAAAGUACCAAACAACAACAACAGCAACACCUCCAACCCUCUUAUAUCCCCAAAGUAACUGAGGCAUAGAGAAAGUUCCUUGGUUAUCUUGUAAGAUAUACAAAGUAGCUGCGGCUAGGAGUGUCAGUGAAUUCCGAAGAAAAAAGAAAUUGUCAGUGCUCAUUUAUUCAUCCCAUGUACAAAACAGACAUCAGUCCAGUAUUCGCUGGUCUUAUUCUUUUUGGUCCACAAGCGAUAAGUAAUCAAUGUCCUGCCCCGCCCCCGCCCCCGCCUUUCAAUUCUGUUUCCUUUGUACUGAAAUGAACGGCGUGAAAGUAAUUGUGUCAUUAUUUACCGUACUUUUCUAUGUAUAAGACGAGCUGUUUCUAUGAGAAUAGAAUCUCAAAAAUUGGGAGUUGUCUUAUAUAUGGAUAGUGCAGAUUGGGGAUGGGGAAUUGAUGAGCAGCAGGAUCCCAGAGGCGAUUGUGCUGUUGAUUGGUGUAUGUGGCUAGGGCUGCUGUCGAUUGGCUGUUUCUGCUGUCAAAACAACUCUGGGCAUCCCUCCUCAAAAAAAGCUCAGCAGCUCUGGGCAAUUUUCCCCAGUUUUCUAAAUUUAUACACGGGGGUGUGUUAUACACGAGAAAAUAUGGUACGUUAAAUUCACAACCCUUUCUAAGGUACGAAAAUACAGUGGUAACUCGGGUUACAUAUGCUUCAGGUUAUAGAAGCUUCAGGUUACAGACUCUGCUAACCCAGAAGUAGUACCUCGGGUUAAGAACUUUGCUUCAGGAUGAGAACAGAAAUCACACGAUAGCGGCAUGGCGGCAGUGGGAGGCCCCAUUAGCUAAAGUGGUACCUCAGGUUAAGAACAGUUUUAGGUUAAGAACAGCCCUCCAGAAUGAAUUAAGUUUUUAACCCGAGGUAUCACUGUACUUGCAUAGAUUACAAUAAGCAGCAGGCAGCCAAAUGAAUAAAGCAGUAUUUGGUGGGAAUUGAAUUGCAGAGGAAUGGAAACGGUGCUGAUUGUGACGAAGACGGGUUGGAAUGGAAAUGGCUGCCUUCUUACACCCCAAGCUGCCACGCAUCAUUCUUGUGCAGUUGCAACACAGCAUCUCUCUGGCAAUGCCUGGUUUGUGGCUCAUGCAAUGCAGCUAUGAACUAGCGCAAGGGAAGGAGUCAACGUGUCUCUUUCCAUUCUAGGUGUGACGCAGGCUACACUGGAGAACACUGUGAAAAAAAGGACUACAGCGUUUUAUAUGUGGUUCCUGGCCCUGUACGAUUUCAGUACGUCUUAAUAGCAGCAGUGAUUGGAACUAUCCAGAUUGCUGUCAUCUGCGUCGUAGUCCUCUGCAUUACAAGGUUAGUAAUGAGGCCAAGGUGCUCUUACCAAGAUAAAGUUGGCAAAAAUGUAUAAAUCUAAAUCAAAUAAGCAUUGGAAAUGUAAUGAGAAAGAAGGUUCUUUUUGUCAUAUGUGGUGGUCUUGUAGUAAGGUGAAAGCUUACUGGGAAAUGAUAUAUAAUAAAAUGAAAAGGAUGUUUAAAAUAACCUUUGUAAAAAAAACCCAGAAGCUUCUCUUUUGGGAAUUAUAGGGACAGAACUACCUAAGCUGUAUGGAAACUUGUUCAUGUAUGCUAGUACAGCGGCAAGAAUGUUACUUGCCCCAGAAUGGAAAGAAGCAGAAGUCCCAGCAAAGGGAGAAUGGAUACAAAAAUUUAUGGAAUAUGCAGAAAUGGUGAAACUUACCGAAAGAAUAAGCAUUUUAAAUAAAAGAAUGGAAAUGGUUUAUUGAAUAUUUACAGAUAAACUAUAAACAGAUAAAAACAUAGGCAGGAUUAUUGUAACAACCUAUGAAAAUAUGGAUGUCCUAUUCCAUACUACUACUACUAAUAAUAAUAAUUUUAUUUAUACCCCACCCUUCUGACUGGGUUUCCCCAGCCACACUGGGUGGCUUCCGACAUAUAUACACAUAUAUACAAGCAUAGAAAAUAUGCUUGUAUUUUAACAUUUUUUAAAAAACUUCCCUGUACAGGGCUGCCUUCAUACGGUUCAGGUGCCAGAUAACUCCAUACCCUCCAACAUUUCGCUGAUGAAAAUCAGCUUCCAACACACAGAAAAACAUAAAAAACCAUUCAACAUAAAAAAACUUCCCUCUACAGGGCUGCCUUCAGAUUUCUUCUGAUGUCUUCUGAAGGUUGUAUAGUCACUUAUCUCCUUAGCACCGGGGUCACAAUACUCCAUACCCUCCAAUAUUUCCUAAGAAAAAGCGGGGCUUUCUGGGAUCAAAUCAGAAAACAGGACAGCUUUUGUAAAUCCAGGGCUGUCCCUGGAAAAUAGGGACACCCAGACGGUCUGAAGAUCUGUAAUGGCAGAUAAGCUUCCCUGAAAGGCAACUUGUCUAGCACCACCCAUCUUUCUCAGCAACAUGUCAUCAUGUAGUGCUAGCGUGAUCUCUAGUAGUGAUGUAUGGAAGUGAGAGCUGGACCAUAAAGGAGACUGAUAGCCGAAGAAUUGAUGCUUUGGAAUUCUGGUGCUGGAGGAGACUCUUGAGAGUCCCAUGGACUGCAAGAAGAUCAAACCUCUCCAUUCUUAAGGAAAUCAGCCCUGAGUGCUCACUGGAAGGACAGAUCCUGAAGCUGAGGCUCCAAUACUUUGGCCACCUCAUGAGAAGAGAAGACUUCCUGGAAAAGACCCUGAUGUUGGGAAAGAUGGAGGGCACAAGGAGAAGGGGACGGCAGAGGACGAGAUGGUUGGACAGUGUUCUCGAAGCUACCAGCAUGAGUUUGACCAAACUGCGGGAGGCAGUGGAAGACAGGAGUGCCUGGCAUGCUCUGGUCCAUGGGGUCACAAAGAGUCAGAGCGUGAUCUCUUGGUCCCUGUGGGCCAUUGGUGAAGCCCACGAGCCAGACAAGCACUCCAUAACUGCCCCCUAGAAGAUGCAUCGGCAUCUUUUACAACACAUGGGGUUUGUUUGGCAGACUGACAGGUAUGGAAGGCGGUUUCCCCAAUGGUAGAAAAUUCAAAAGGAAGCUUUUUGUUUAAUAGCUCAGGGAUUAUCAGUGUUUGCAUUCUCAGGAGUUACUCUGUACUUCUUCAGGAAGAGACGGGUGUUUAAAAUGCAUAGAGUGCCAAGCAAAUGCUGGUAUGGAUUUGAAUGCCAAGUGGGCUUGACUUUGGAAUUUAAAAGGAUAUGUGCUGUUUACACUGUCAGUCUUACAAGUAAGGACUCAGGUCCAGCCUUCAACUUAAAAAGAUCUCAAGCAACUGAGAGCUUGGAGAUCGAGCAAUGGGCGGUCUCUGUAAGGCAGUUGUGAGUUCCAUCCAUUCAUAAAUACCAAUGUCCAUUCUUUACCAUGUGAUGGGUAAGUUUCAGAGUUUUCUCCAGCUUCACGACUUCCCUGGGAUUCUUCCUCAGGUGAGAGAAGGUGAAACUGCUUCAGGUGUCCUGCAGCUGCUUCAAUAAAUCAGGCGCCUUAAAAAUAAAUCCCUUUCCCAAAAAGAUGAGAAUUUUAAAAAGAAGCAGGCAUCACACUCCUAUAGAAAGUAAAAAAAGCACCAAUAUAUCUAAGCAUCCUCCUCUCACUACGCUCAGAGGACAAGCGUGACAUUCAGGCCGGAAGAAGGUAGAAAAUAAUUCAUAUAUCCUUUCCCAGCCUAAAGGCAUAAUAGAAAAAUGUCUGCAGAAGCUUGGAGAUGCUUGCCGACCUAGUUGAGUUCAUCAACUCUACCCUCAAGAGUAGAUCUUCUCCUGCAAGAAGGCAAUGCAUUAUAUUAAAGUGGGUUUCAGGGAACAUGGAGAUAAUUCAAACGGCCAGAAAUACAGUGUACAUAAAAAGGACGGAGAUGGGAAAGUAACUGCUCAACAGAAAAAUGGCACUACAUCAUGUUGUUCAAGCAAUCUUCUGAGUGGCUCCAGGUUUGUUAACUUCAAGCCAUAAAGCAAGUUAACGGUUUGUGUUCAGAGAAAAUGGUUUGGUUUUACAUGGACCCUGCCUUUCCAGUGGAUUUAAUUUAGACUGUGUUGUAGAUAAAAGGAUACCCAAAAGCUGAUGCCCUUAAACUUUUUCAUUUGCAUAAGCUCUUCAUUUCCUUUUUCUUUAGCCUUUGCAAAACUUGGUGCGUGUUACAUCCAGUAACAAAUAUAUUGUGGUGCUCCAGUCAUUAUUAGUUAAACACACACACACACACACAGAGAGAGAGAGAGAGAGAGAGAGAGAGAGAGAGAUGGUUUGAAGGCACUUGAUGUUGCCACCUUACUGAAGCUAAGCAGGUCUGGGCCUGGUCAUCUUGGGUGCCAUAAUGGAAGAAAGGCAAGAUACAAAUGCAAGAAAACAGAAAUGAAUAAAUAUGCAUACACAAAAUAUACAUACCUCCCAACAUGUCUCCAAUGAAAAUAGGGAUAUCCUAUUCAACAACAACAACAACGUCUUAUGUAUAUGCCACCCAUCUGACUGGGUUUCCCUUGUCACUCUGGGCAGCUUACAAUACAUAUAAAAACAUAGUAAAACAUCAAACAUUUAAAACUUCCCAAUACAGGACUGCCUUCAGAUGUCUUCUAAAAGUUGUGUCGUUCUGAUGGGAGGUUGUUCCACAGGGAAGGUGCCACUGCUGAGAAGGCCUGGUUCCCUGUAACUUCACUUCUUGCAGUGAGGGAACCACCAGAUUGCCCUCAGAGAAGGACGUCACUGUCCGGGCUAAGUGAUGGGGGUGGAGACGCUCCUUCAGGUAUACAGGACUGAGGCCGUUUAGGGCUUUCAAGGUCAGCACCAACACUUUGAAUUGUGCUCGGAAAUGUACUAGGAGCCAAUGUAGGUCUUUCAAGACCGGUGUUAUGUGGUCUCGGCAGCUGCUCCCAGUCACCAGUCUAGCUGCCGCAUUCUGGAUUAGUUAAAUGCAGCUAGACUCUGCCCACCAGCUGGGCAUGGCGCGGCAGCUGAAGGAAGGCUGGUGCAGGGGACUGAACACACAACCUCUCCCCUCUGGGAGGAGAGGUCUUCUCAGUUAGUGUACAACAAGGUUCACCGAACUGGUGCCCAAAGGCACCUCUCACACAGCUACAAUUGCCGGAGUGUUUCACAAUCAGUCACUCUACUCAGGAAACCCUGGGAAUUGAGACCUCCUGAAAACUCUCAGCAUCCUUGACAAACUGCAGUUCCCAGGAUGAUUUGGGAGAAGCCAAAACUUUUUGAAGUGGUAUCAUAGUGCUUUAAAUGGGGCCUCAGUAUAAGGCAACUUCCUAUGUUCUUAACUGAGGAGGGGAGGGGAGGGAAUUUAGCAGCCUGGUUGACAGGCAGGCAUUCCAGAUACUUACUGUAUUUUUCGCUCUAUAAGACGCACCAGACCAUAAGACACACCUAGUUUUUGGAGGAGGAAAACAAGGAAUGUUUGAAUUCCAGAAGCCAGAACAGCAAGAGGGAUCUCUGUGCAGCGAUCCCUCUUGCUGUUCUGGCUUCUGGGAUAGCUGCGCAGCCUGCAUUCGCUCCCUAAGACGCACACACAUUUCCCCUUACUUUUUAGGAGGGAAAAAGUGCGUCUUAUAGAGCGAAAAAUACAGUAAUUAAAAAGAAAGUGGCUACAUCUAGAUGCAUGCUCCUCAACUGUCCUGCUUUAAGUGGAACAUACCGGAAUUACAGAAGCCAUUCUGCUUCCAAAGACGGCCAUUUUGGAGGGGGGGCAGUGCUGUCGCACAAGUCCCCUCCGUGGCAUGUUGGAGGGUAUGUGGAUAUAUACGUUAACCAGGGUAAAUUUAGGAAGCUGUUGUUGUUUUUCUGUAAGUCUAUGAGUCCCAGCUGCACGCUGUUAUUCACUAGCAGUGCUUCUUUUCUAAAAUAUAAAAUGUUUAGGAGUACUCUCAUUCUGGCUCAAGAAAACCACCAUUUUAUAGUUAAAAUUGGGGAAAAUAAAUACAGUAAAUGGACAAAAGUACAAAGAUUCACAAAAUAUUUACCUCCGUAAAAUACCCCUUCGUCCCCCCCUCCCCCAGGAAAAAAGCACUGUUCUCUAGUCAUAGACGGAUAGUUACAUUUACUACGAUUUGGAUCCAGCGGUACCAUUGCAUGAAUGGAAAGCGCUUCCUGUUGCACAAGGAAGUGUUCCUGGUUUGUUCGGUUUUUUUAAUGUAAAUACGUAUACCCCAAACGUACAUUGUCUUGUUAUGCUUGUAUCCCCACAGGGGAAUAAUUCAGGUUUCGAACCAACACAGAGCAGACAAAGAGAAUCCAUUUGCAGAGCUGACAGUCAUUUAUAUCUGAGGUGCCUUUGUGCUUCCCGAAAUGCAAUAGUACAUUCUAAGUUAGCCAAUGUAGGGAAAAGCAACGAUUGUUUCUUUUAUUUGUGCUUUCAUAGCUGGGAGGAUGUUUGGGAGAAAUAUUAAACUGCCCCUGAUGAAUGUGUGUACAUUUUCCAAAGGUCUCAUAGCCGCAUUGCUUGUGGUGGGUCUUUAAACCAGUGCAUUAAUAUAACCCUCGUUGCAGGCAGGCAGUGUCCUACGGGAAAUGAUUUUGGCUAUUUCAGGCUCCUGUUUGAAGAACGGGCUCUGAAAGAGUGCAGGAGGCCUUUGACUCUUUUUUUACAAAGCUCUGGAGCUGUGCAGCUAAGGAAUGAUGAGUUGUACCGACCGCCGUUGUUGGCAGUUGCCCUUCCGUGGCCUGCAAUCCUUACGUUACCUCCACUGUCGUUUAGCAAAGCAAAUUCCAUGCUCUUUUUCUCUCUCCCCCACCCCUUUCCCCUCUUGCUUGCAGGAAAUGUCCCAGGAGCAACCGAAUUCACAGGCAGAAGCAAAACACAGGGCACUACAGUUCAGACAACACAACAAGAGCAUCGACCAGGUUAAUUUAAAUGAGAGCAUGUUUCCACAAUGGCAAAAAGUAAACUGCAGAGAGGUU